CUCCUUCCCUCAGGUAUCCCGCCCAAGAUGGCGGCGGUGCUGCAGCAGGUCCUGGAGCGGGCCGAGGUGGCCAAGCUGCCCAAGUCGGCGCAGGGGAAGCUCGAGCGGUUCCUGGCCGACCAGCAGAGCGAGAUCGAGGCGCUCCGCACCCGGCACGAGCGCUACAAGGUGGACAGCGGUGAGUGGAAGCCGAGGAGGGCAGGGCGGGAAGCGGCCCCAGGGACCCGGACUGGUUCAUGCGAGGGAGGCGGGUUCUUGUUUAUGCUUUUAAGGUUAAAGUAGGUGGGAUUCAGACGGGGCAGAUUAGGCAAUCCUUUUCUGCCACAAUAGUAAUAAUAAUGGCAGAAAAGGACUACAAUAAAAUAAUGUGAGUCUGUUAUUAUUAUUAUUAAUUAAACUCAUAAUAAUUAUUUAUUGUUUACGUGGCACCACUCUCCGGGCUGCUUCCAACAAACUGGAUCUACGAUUCUGUGAAUUGGAACUCUGUGUGUGUGUGUGUGUGUGUGAGAGAGAGAGAGAGAGAGAAAGAGAGAGAGAAAUCUGUGAAAACCAUACAAAUGCAAAUACAACAAUACAAACAGCAUGCCAUAAUAGUAAUAAUAAUGCUUUUAAGAUUAAAGUAGGUGGGGUAAAAGCAGAAGCGAGAGUGGAUUCAGAUGCGGCAGGUUAUGCAAUCCUUUUCUGCCACUAUAAUAAUAAUAAUGGCAGAAAUGGACUGCAAUAAAUAUUAUAAUGCGAGUUUAAUAUUAUUAUUAAUUAAACUUAUAAUAAUUAUUUAUUGUUUACACGCCACCGCUCUCCGGGCUUCUUCCAACAAACUGGAUCUACGAUUCUGUGAAUUAGAACUCUGUGUGUGUGUGUGUGUGAGAGAGAGAGAGAGAGAGAGAGAGAGAAAUCUGUGAAAACCAUACAAAUGCAAAUACAACAAUACAAACAGCAUGCCAUAAUAAUAAUAAUAGCGGCAGAAAAGGACUGCAUAUAAACAAUAAAUAAUUAUUACAAUGCAUGUUUAAUGUUAUUAUUGUUAAACUCAUAAUAAUUACUUAUUUACAUGUCACCACUCUCAGGGCUGCUUCCAACAAACUAAAGCACAGUAAGACAUCAGACAUGAAACAGAGAAAAACCACAGCCAAUAAAACAUGGGGAAUCAUCUAUUUAAAACACACACACAAACAUGUACUCCUAAGUGGUGCAUCAAUAAUACUGCUAGCACAUUUGCAAAGCUAAGCAGGGACAGGUAUGGUUUCAAAUUGGAUGAGGGAUCACGUGUUGAGAUUUUCGCACUGCAUGGCGUCAGACUAGAUGGCCCUUGGGGUUCCUUCCAACUAGAGCUACUUUUCUGUGAAUUAGAACUGUGUGUGUGUGUGUGUGAGAGAGAGAGAGAGAGAGAAAGAAAUCUAUGAAAACCAUACAAAUGCAAACACAACAAUAAAAACAGCAUGCCACACUCCCCCAAAAGCAUAGGUGUUCCAGGCAUUUGUCUAUGCCAGUAUGGGUUAAGAGAGCAGAGCAUUAAGGUGUUAGAUGCUGCAGUUAGCACCCAAUAUGCUUGGGCUUUUAUUUUUCUUUCUAAAUUGUUCCUGUUGAGUAUCUGUUCACAUUUAGGAAACAAGUCAUGGAGGUUGCAAUUAUGACUCUUGCUCACAUGGAAGUAAGCCCGAUUAACUUACUACUGAGCAAAUGUGGUUAAUGUUCAGGGCCUUAAUUUUCUGGAAAUGGGCUAUAGAAAAAUUCAGAGGUACUUGUGAACUGGAUCAAUAUAAAAGUAAAGCUGCUAUUUACUUUAAGUGUUGGAAUUUUUGGUACUUGUGCUUAGGGCAGCAUGUUGUGUAUAACAGAAAUGUCUAGGGUGGUAUGAGAUUUUAAUUCCUGGGUGCAUUUUAUGACAUGUAGACUAGUCUACAGCUCUAGGAAAACAGGUACUAUUAUUAUUUUCUAUUAAUUUUAUGUACCACCCUACAUCUAGGCAGAGUGGUUUACAACAUAACACAAAAUACGUAACAUGAUAACAGUAACAAAAUCCCCCCCACAUGCAUUCAUGUUUAAAAGGACAUGGAUUGGACUGUGAGGAAGAUAGGCGAUAGGUGACCUAGUAUCACUUUAGAACAGCCUUCCCCAGCUUGGUGCUCUCCAGGUGUUUUGGAUACAAUUCCCAUCUUCCUUGAUAAUUGUCCAUUCUUAUUGAGGCUGAUGAGAGUUGUGGUCCAAAAAAAUCUGAGACUGAUAAGUAGAGUAUUUUGGAUUAAAAAUUGUGUGCUUUUCACAAGGAUUCCUGCAACUUUACAUAACUGUGAAUGGCACACUUUGACUUGAAUAGCUCUGAGAAAGGGCAAAAUUUGAAAUUGUGCUAAUGCAUGUUUUGCAGAGCAACAAUAUUUUGAAGUAGAAAAACGACUUGCUCAGAGUCAGGAAAGACUCGUAAAUGAGACACAGGAAUGUCAGAAUCUCCGACAGGAGGUCAGCAAACUCAGUAAGUAUUACUAUGUAUUAAGGUGAUCAGUAAAUACUAUUAGUUGUAUUCAUUUUGUGAUUUUUCCAAAAUAUGUAUUGAAACAACUAAAGGUUAUUCAGUUUUUCUUUCUUUUUUUUAAUAACUUUUUAUUCAAAAUUAAAACAAAACAUAUUAUCCAGAAAUAUAUCAAUCUUAUUUUUCCCCAUUUCCCUUCCCUCCCCCUCCCUCCCCCCACAGAACCCAACCACCCCCACCCUCCGACUUCCCUCAGUUCCAGUCUUCGAUUUCUCUAAAAAUGCUGUUUUCUGCAUGUUACAUAGUUGUAUAGAUCCUCAAACUAUUUAGCUGAUUAUUAUCAAUAAAAAGUUUGUGAGCGUUUAUUCAAAACCAGCCAAGGAGUCCAGUUCGCUUUGUUGUGUCUUCAAAUACUUAAUAAAGGGUUCCCAUUCAUCUUUAAAGUCACAGUUAUCCUUGUCCCGUAGCUUGUAUGUCAGUUUUGCCAGUUCUGCAUAGAAAGGUUAUUCAGUUUUUCAGUGAAAAAUUGAUUUGUUUGAUGACAGAAGAAUUACAUUCUGUGAUAAAGGUAAACAUUAUUUUGUUACUUACCUGGGAAGGUAAAUGGCAUUUCCGUGCACUGCUCUGGUUCGCCAGAAGCGGCUUAGUCAUGCUGGCCACAUGACCUGGAAGCUGUAUACCGGCUCCCUCGGCCAAUAAAGCGAGAUGAGCGCCGCAACCCCAGAAUCAUCCACGACUGGACCUAACGGUCAGGAGUCCCUUUACCUUGAGGCUUGCAGUUAAGCAAGGGCGGUGUUCUAUAGGGAUAAUUACAAUGGAGAAGAAUCUCAUAGCAGAGGUGGACAUGCUGAGAAUUCUACAUUCUUUCUUGUCUACUAGACACACAUUUGGGGUGGUCAGUUGGCUGAUCUCAGUCAGUUUUAGAUCCUGACAUCACUCAGGGUUCAGCUCCUCAGGUCCAAACCCUUUACUCUUUUAUUGGAGAAAGAAGAUACUUAGCCAUUUCUGACAGAUAAAUUCAUGUAAAUAUAAAAUUGAAAAUGUCCUUCAUUUUGUCUCCCAUGCAGAUGAGCAGUUGAAAUUGUUAAAUGAGAGAAACAAAGAACUGGAAGCUGCUCAGGAUCGCAAUGCAGCCAUACAGGUACAGAAACUGUCAAUAAUGCCAGUGAAUGGAAGCUUUCACAAUUCAUUGUCAAUGUUACAUUGAAAGAAGUAGACUCUCGUUGUGAAAGUAGCAUUUUUGGUGAAAGUAGGGUUUUCUUAUUAGCCUCAGUUGCCAAGUCUCGAUGUGAAUCUUGAGAGAGUGAUAAUAAUCUUGCACUAGUUAAUGUUUCUUAACACCGCUUUUAACAGCAGAUUUUUAUUGUGCUAUAGUCCCUUUUAAAGUCACUUUUCCUUUGUUUUAAGAAUCAGCUCACUAGAGCAAAAGAAGAGUUGGAAGCGGAGAAGAGAGAUUUGGUUCGAACAAGUGACAGAAGAGCUCAAGAGCAGGAACACCUAAAUGGUGAGCAUCAAGUGAUAUGGUCAAAAGGGUUUUGGUGACAGGUUGUCUCAAUCCUUCAGUUAAGAGUAUCAUUGCACCGAGGUGAAACUACCAGUGGAAAUCCUUAAUGAAACUAAGCAACAGUGAACAGUUUGUAAUUUUGUUCUUGUACUGUGUGAUGGGCAUACUGUGCAAUGAUUAGAAUUUCUACUUUUAAGUAGUGGUUUUAGGGGAGAUUCCUGCAAUGGUUUUCGAUAGCCUUCUAAGCACUGCCAUCAAAGAAGUCAAAGGUAGCCCACGCACCAUGGGCACUUCUACAUGAGCUUGACAAUACAGGAGGGUCAUCUACAGAUGUUCUUCAUAAUAUCUCUUCAUUUUGUAUGUCCUUUCCUAGAGGAUGUUAAACGACUGAAUGAGAAACUUGCAGCAGCGAAUACUGCAAAAAUAGAGCUACAAUUACAGCUGGAUGAGCUUCAGACAUCAGCCUUUUCUGUAAAGGUGAGUACUGGAAAACUUGUUCAUGCCCUUAUCUUUUGUAUAAUUGUAGAAGUAAGAUAAUGGCACACUUCCUAUGUUAACAAACAAUUUUUCAGUGGCCAUUUUUUAUCUGUCUCAAUAAAAUUCUACCAGCCAUCUAUUGGAAUAGUUACUCAGCUAUUCUUUUAUAGAGGAUGUGGUCAUAUUUAUAAGGUUUCAAGCAAUAUGGGACAUUUCACAGCAUACAUGUAGUUAGUUGACAGAUAAUUAACAAGUUCGGGAUUAGUAAUGAAAUUGUGAUGCACCAUGACUAGAUUUGGUUGUGGGGUUUAUUUGAUUUAAGGCUGCAAACCUAUAAACACUUGAGAAGAUGUAUCGCUGAAUGCAGGGUGAUUUAAGGCUGCAAACCUAUAAACACUUGAGAAGAUGUAUCGCUGAAUGCAGGGAGUCUUACUUUUGAGUAUGUAUAAGAGUGAAGCUGGCAUUGAGUCUCAGUCCCCUUGAUAAUAAUUUGACAGGAAUUCCUGCACUUGCAUGAUUGGUAUGAAUUGCCCAAGAACUUGCCUUAACAGAACUUGUUUCAAAAUGUAGUAUGUGCCCCAGGGCACUCUUUUCCUCUAACUGCUGCUUGAAUGGAAUGCUGUAUCAUACAUAACUUUAUUUCAUAGCAUCGGGAACAAAGGUGGGAGCAGGAAAAGGAACUGCUACAGAAUCAGAACACUUGGCUGAAUACAGAACUGAAGGCGAAAACAGAUGAACUCCUGCUAAUCACUCGGGAAAAGGGAAGUGAAAUCUUAGAGCUGAAGUGUAACUUGGAGAACAAGAAAGAGGAGGUUUCCAGACUGGAAGAGCAAGUCAGUGGACUAAAACAAUCUAACGGAAAUCUACAGAAACAUGUGGAAGAUCUUCUGCUGAAACUGAAGGAGGUAAACAUACAUUCCUUUGUUUUAGCUUCCGUUGUGGGCAACAGCGAUGCCAGUAUUUGAGGUAGCUUCUCUCUUCUUGCUUGUAUCGGGUAAAAAUGAAGUAAUUCUCAUAGGGCUGCUAACUUCAGUCGACUUAGGUCUGGGAAAGCAUAUAUGCUCAUUCAGGUGGGAAUUCCUUAUAAUAACUGACUGUGAUAUAUGGAACUACUUUAGAGAAAUGGAGUGAAUCUGGCAAAAAUAUGAAUUGCAGCAUUUCUGUCCAAAUACAUUUGAGAAGCACACAGUAGCCUAAUGUAUUCUUAUACAAAUUCAGUUUUGAAAACAAACUAAAAAGGUGAGGAUUUUGCCCUUAAAUGCAUUUUAAAUGUAAUUAUUUUUUCAUGAUAAUUUUUCAGUACCAAACUGCUGUAUGACUGUGAAGAGCCUUUGGGUCCUUAAAACUUCUCAUUGUGUGUUAACUGCACAAAUGUCUUUAUUCACCAGGCAAAAGAACAGCAAGCUAGCAUGGAAGAAAGAUUCCACAAUGAACUGAACGCCCAUAUCAAGUUAUCUAACUUAUACAAGGUAUGAAUUUUAAUAACGGUUUUGAAAUUUUAGUUUCAGGGCUUAUUAUAAACGUACGCUGACAAACGUUGAUGCUCAUCAUACUUACCGUGAAAUGCUAACUAGGACAUGCGAAGGUUGAAGUCACAAAUGUGCUGGUGAAUAUGAAUUUCUAGAAAGUAACCUUUUGGUUAGUGAUUGCUUAUGAAAACAUGGACAUGGAUAGUUGUGCUCCAGUAUGUUAACAAAAGUAAUCUGGGGAUGGAUAAUUGAUACAUUUCGGAGCUCUUUCAGAGUUUUGACGCUGAAGUCUGUGUAUAACAUGAUCUCCCUUCUCUCUCCUAAGUGAAUUCAUGCUCCUCCCCACAUUCCCUUUGCCACAUUAGGUCCCCAUGAUUCGUUUCAACUGCUUGAUGCUGCAAGCAGAAUUUGUUCUUUUGGGUACUGUCAUUGCAUCGUUUUAUAGUUGUCACAGUGCAUUAUUAAACAUGUUGCUAAUACAACCUUCAGAACUGUAAACCAGCAUCUAUUUUCAGAUUCUAUUGUAAAACUGUACUUAGCGUUUAGCUUGGUACAGAUGUAAUGGUAAUGUGGAUAAUGCUGAAAAGGGGGGGACGUUAGCAGGGUAGAUUUGAUUUAAAUCAUUUUUUUACAGAAAGACUCAUUCUUGCUGGUAUAAUCUUAAUAUUUACAACCAGAUAGAGGUUUCAUUAUUGGAAUAAUAUAUUUUCAGAGCAGUUUUUACAGUUAUAUCAAAAAUUACUGAUUUGGUUAUACUAUUAGAAAUACAUAGAUAAUUAUGAAAUUAUUGUGAGGUUUAAUAAGGUAACUCUUUAUAUUUGGACAACUUUUCUGCUGUACUUUAUUGGAAGGAGAAAAAUAAUAAUUUCCUUAGUAACAAUUUAAACAAUUUAUUUAACUAAAACAAUAACAUUAUAGCAUGUGUAUCCAUGUUUGUUAACUGAUGUGGUUAAACAAUUUAAAAAAAAAAAACUUAGACUGAGUUUUAGCACACAUGAAAAACUUAAAACAAAUCCUAAUUUUCUGAUGAAUAGCCAUUGGACUAUAAUGUAACUUAAAUAUAAAACUAUCUUUAGAAAGAUUUUUUUCUCCAGAAGCAUUUUAUUUUAAAAAUCCAAUUAAAUUAAAAAAAAUCUGGUUUGGGUUUAAAAAAAAAAUUAUUGAUUUUAUCCACCCUGGACAUUAGGGAGGGAGUACAUGAGCCUAACUAAGAUCAAAAGAUUGGAAAGUGUUGGCAUAGCCACUAGUCUGAUCUCAUUUUGUUGUUGAAUACGUUGAGAUAGCCCAGCUACCUGCAGGUAUGGCUAUAUAGACUUAAUCACAUCUUCCAAACUUUUAGAACAUGUUCUUAUAUGAAAUGCAACACAGAGCACAGAAUGAAAAGUAAUGGGAAGUUCGAGGGAAAGAGUUUUACCAGUUUAGGUGACUUUUUAUUGAUUGAUGUUUUGAUUUUCCUGAAACAUUCCAAUCUUUUUCUUUUUUCUCUUUUUAAAGACGAUUCUUGGUCUCAGACGUUGCAUGAACAAUCAUUGAAGUCCACCCAUCUUUUAUGGCUCAGCUACCAGUGUCUAGCUUGUGAUAAAUCUGUUUGGCCAUAUGCCAGGCCACAUAGUCUGGUUUCAAGCACAGAGUCUAAGCAAUUCCAAACAAUCUAUGCUUUUAGGAAUAUAAUAGCCUGUUCUUUAUCAGUGUAUUCAGUAAAUGAGUCUAGGUUGGGCUUCAGCUAGCUAGAAGUAUGAUUUUGCACUCUGUAACCUCUCCUUCCCAAUUCCUUGCAAUAGUCUAUAUGAAACCCAGCUCACCCUCUCUCCACUUUCCGAGGCUUUAAAUUUUUUUGCUGCUAUAUUGAAUUGCUGUGCUUUAAUUAAAAUAUGUUGCAUUUAGAGUGCUGCUGACGAUUUGGAAGCAAAAAGCAAUGAGUUGACCCAAGCUGUAGAGGAGCUGCACAAACUUCUGAAGGAGGCAGGUGAAGGUAAGGAACAAAUGAUCUUGAAGCUUGUGUUGUUUUUUUGCAUCUUAUUUGUACCCCUCAUCGUCUAUAGUUACAGCAUCUGAGAAAAAUGAAGAAAGAGGGGGAAGGAAGUCAAGUGUUGAAAUGUUAAAAUGACUGUAAAAUUAGUGAAAUGUAUGUAUAUUGUAUGUAUAAAUGUAUGUAUAGAGGGAUGCGGGUGACGCUGUGGUCUAAACCACAGAGCCUAGGACUUGCCGAUCAGAAGGUCGGCGGUUCGAAUCCCCACGACGGGGUGAGCUCCCGUUGCUUGGUUCCUGCUCCUGCCAACCUAGCAGUUUGAAAGCACGUCAAAGUGCAAGUAGGUAAAUAGGUACCACUCUGACGGGAAGGUAAACGGCGUUUCCGUGCACUGCUGUGGUUCGCCAGAAGCAGCUUAGUCAUGCUGGCCACAUGACCCGGAAGCUGUACGCUGGCUCCCUCGGCCAGUAAAACCAGAUGAGCACCGCGACUGGACCUAGCGGUCAGGGGUCCCUUUACCUUUACCUUUUUAUGUAUAUUUUGCUCCGUUGGAUGUCCACAAGUUCUAGGGCUGUGAGAGAGGGAAAACCUCUCUGUGUCCACUUCUUCCAUGCCACACGUAGAUCCAGGCUUAGAUCUUCUAAGUGUUUCCUAGCUCACUGAUGAUGCAAACCUGUUGCCAAAGAGGGCACUUAAACAAUUCUCAAAAUAUUUGCAUAUCGCCCCGCCGUAUGGUUUGUUUAGUAAUCCUUGGAAGCUUAAAAAGUUGUGAGUGGUCAUUUCUUUCUUCUGCUAUUCUCAGCUAACAAAGAAACACGGGAUCGUUUGGCUGAAAUGGAACAAUCAAAGGCCGCAGUGGAAAAAGAACUGAAGGAAAAGAUUGGCAAGCUGGAGAAAGAGUUGGACAAUGCAAACGAUUUGGUUUCAGCCACCAAGCGCAAAGGUCUGGUAACACCUAGGGAAAUAGACCUUGUAAAAUGGGGGCAUUUAGCAAUACCUCACUCUACAGCUGUUUAUACUGUUCUAGUACUUGAAAAGCCACAUGCAAACUGUUUUAAAAACGGUUAUCUGGGGAUUCUCUUGAGUAUAUGAAACGUACAGAAUAGUAAAAAUUUUACCUCAAGUAUCAUUUGCAGGAUAUUUCUAUGGUUUUCCUGAACCAAUCUGUUUGAUUCUUUAUUUUUAUUUGCAGUUUCCCUGAAGGCUUAUAACCAGGCUAGUCAAAACUCUAGGGCCAGUCAGAAAUCUGAAGUAUUUGAAUAUGCAUGUAGUUGGAAGCUUUUAGAUUUGAUUUGUACAUUAAAAAACCUACGCCCUUUGCCAUUUCUCUCUUCUAGGAGCCAUUCUUUCAGAGGAGGAGCUGGCAGCUAUGUCUCCUACGGCUGCUGCAGUAGCAAAGGUGGUGAAGCCUGGCAUGAAAUUAACCGAGGUAGGAAGUAAUGUAGAUGAUACUGUACUGCUUGCAGAUUCCUGCAUAUUUGUGUUUUUGUAUGCAGCCUCAUUUACUGGGACAAUUUUUUUAAACUGAAUGACUAAUGUUCACCCAUUUGGGUUUUUAACUAAACUUAACAUUUGAUUUCAGUAGAAUUUACUCGUGUAUUCUAUCUGGCUAGUGUUCCACUUGUGAAGGUUGAUGUUUUAUGUCAUUGUAAGUUAAUGGCAUGGACCCCUCAUGAAAAUUUCCCUUUUGUCACAGAGGUACAUUUUAGGAGUGUGCACUGACAGUUUGGACCAUGAUUUGGCUCUUGGUCUCAAGUGCUUUUGGAGGCUUCCUUUAUCGGCUCUGGGUCAAAGUCAGAUUUCUCCUUGGAGAACACAAAGCUUUGUUCAUUCUCUCUCUCUCUCUCUCUCUCUCUCUCUCUCUCACACACACACACACACACACACAGAGAGAGACACAACCCCCUUGUCAGUUUGCAUUUCUUAAUACAGAAAGCAUUGAUCUGAUAUGUAGAGAUCUUUCCUAUUCUAAUUCAAAAGGGUUAUGGACGCUUAUCUGUGUGAAAGAAACCAGCAGAAGGUUCAUGAUGUUUGGGUUAUUCCUUCAGAGAAGCUGAGUAAACUGGUUCUGUUAUCUCUUUUUGUCAAGGUUAUGCUGACUAAAAGUAAAGCCAGAAGGAGCCUGGCUUUCACUUUCUCUGUCUCUUUUCCUUCUGAUGUGGUGUUUUGUACAUAGUACGCUUAGUAUUAAGGUUUAGACAUAUUAUAAGUUAUUGUAAGUUUAAGUUAAAUUGGCUGCAACUGGAUUUCUUAUGGACAGUCCCAAUCCUGGAUGUAUUGGAUUUGUGACCAUGAUGCACCUUUGCCUUCAGUAGCAGUAAAGCUCUGCUGGAUAUGGAAUAUAAUUGCCUUUGGUCUAUAUUUUGGGAAUCCUGCAGCCUGUUUAAGUUGUUACUCUGCUAACUAUACAUUGGAAUGUACUCUGGAUCAAUAUUGAGUAGAAUUCCACGACACCCCUUGUAUUCAUUAUUGAGAAUUCUGGUAUCAGUUACAAUGUUUCAUCCAGCACUGUCAAAGGGACCCCUGACCAUUAGGUCCAGUCAUGACCGACUCUGGGGUUGCGCGCUCAUCUCGCUUUACUGGCCGAGGGAGCCGGUGUACAGCUUCCGGGUCAUGUGGCCAGCAUGACUAAGCCACUUCUGGCGAACCAGAGCAGCGCACGGAAACUCUGUUUACCUUCCUGCUGGAACGGUACCUAUUUAUCUAUUUGCACUUUGACGUGCUUUCGAACUGCUAGGUUGGCAGGAGCUGGGACCAAGCAAUGGGAGCUCACCCCGUUGUGGGGAUUUGAACUGCCGACCUUCUGAUCGGCAAGUCCUAGGCUCUGUGGUUUAACCCACAGCACCACCUGUGUCCCCACUCCUGGGCAAUAGUGGGGGGCUAUAUGUAAAAUACAUAAACACAUUGUCAGGGCUGAUCCCAUAGAUCUUUUCCAACCCCUCAGAUGUCAAGGUGAGGAGGAAAUUACAUGUAUCCUGGGAACAGAAUAUGUCUAAUGGUUACAAGUCUAGAAAAUGUCUGCUGGUUGAUAAAUGGCUGCCUGUCUUCUUUAGGUAAGACAUUCAAUAGUUGUGUGUUUUUAUCUUUCAACACAGCUUUACAAUGCAUACGUAGAAGCACAGGAUCAGCUGCUGUUAGAAAAAAUGGAGAAUAAGAGGAUUAAUAAGUACUUGGAUGAAAUAGUGCAGGAAGUAGAAGCCAAAGCACCUAUUUUGAAGCGUCAACGUGAAGAAUAUGAACGCUCUCAGAAAGCUGUAGCAAGUCUGUCUGCUAAACUUGAGCAAGCAAUGAAGGUUGGUACAAAACGGAACUGAGAUUCAGAGUCAAAAUGUACUCGCCUUUAUCAGCACAUACAACCACAUUACCUUUUUUUUAAAACCAAAGUGAUAGAGUCAAAAUGUACUUGCCUUUAUCAGCACACACAACCACAUUACCUUGUUUUUUAACGAAAGUGAUUUCUUUCACACCCAGCUGCCCUCUGGGAAAAGGGGAUAGAAUUUCCUGUUCGCUUCUGAUUUCAGACCUAAAUUUAGUGUGCAGUUUACAGCCACCUAGUUAAACUGCCGUUUAUCGCCAUCCCCACAACACAUAGUCAAACUGUAGCUGUGAACAACAGUUAUGUGUGCUAGAGUUGAGUUUCAAGGUCAACAUUUUGUGGUUCACAUUUUUACUCCCCGCCCCAGAUAGUUAUAUAUUUCUAAAUUUCACACAUGGUAGGAUUCUACCUCCCAUUCUCCUUGAUGCUGAGCUGUAUCCAGUGCUGCAACCCACAAGGGACCUCCAUGCCUAUAAUACAAUUUACUCUUCCUCCUCUCUGGACUCUCUAAAGCAGAUUUUUUUAGUGGACAGGAGGAGAGGAAACAGGAGUAGUGAGGUGAGGUGAGAAUAUUCUCCGGAGAAUAUUCUCCAGAAUGAGAACAUUCUCUGCUAGAAAAUUCUCUGGAGAAUAUUCUCCACAAACUGUAAAGAACCAGUAAGAACCAGUUUUACAACCCACAUUUUAAAAAUCUGGUAAAUAAUAAGUCAGGCUGUGAUAUUGCCAGUGUAAGUAAUGAAUAAUGAUUUUUUUUUUUUAAUCCAGUUACAUUACUGGGCAUUGUGUCAUUCACCAUUGACAGUUCUGAAAUGUGAGCUACAGAAAACAUUGUUUUUUAGUUUUAAAAAUGCUAAUCAUUUAAUUUGAUGAACAUUUGAAUUCAUAUGUAUUCCAACUAUAUGUAAUAGCCCUUUUUUCUAUUUAGGUGUGACCAUAUUCUUCGAGAUUCUAUCCCCUUGGCCAUACAGUGUAAUUUUUUUUACAGAAAGUAGCUUUAAUGCUUUAUACACUUUAAGUACCUAGGCCUAUACAAUUACGUGUAACAGCAUGUGAGGUGGCCUUGAUUUAAACAGUUGACGUUUCUAUAUUUUUAUUUAGUGCCAGUAACUGGUUUUUUGCAGUGCCAUUCAAUGGUACAAAGUGCCACUUACCAGAGAUUGACAUACUGAAAUAUAUUAUAUAAUGAUAAUAUAUUUAAUGUUAAUGACUUUUUUAUAUGUAUGCAUAUAGUUUUGUUAGUCACAGUUAUUAAGUGUUAGAGCUAUUAGAAGCACAAGAUAGCCUAUUACUGAAUUUACUUGCCUUAAACCGUAACAUGCCCCAUUGAAUAAAAGUAUCUGUACAAAAACUUGUACAGUUUUUGGUUGCCAUCUGAAAAAGUUUACCCAUGAAUAAACAUUUAUAUUAACUAAUUAUAUCAUUUUCAAUGCAUUAAAAUGAAUAUUCUCCUACAGUGGUGCCUCGCAAGACGAAAUUAAUUCAUUCCGCGAGUUUUUUCGUCUUGCGGUUUUUUUCAUCUUGCGAAGCAUGGUGUCGGAAAAGUUUUGGAAAAGCUUCAAAAAUACCAAAGUCUUCAAAAACCUCAAAAAAGGCUACCACACCGCAUGGUAUGAGUUGCUCCUCGAAGUCAAGUCGCAACUGUAUUAACGGUUUUAAGAAAAAGGAAACAAACUUGCAAGACGUUUCCGUCUUGCGAAGCAAGCCCAUAGGGAAAAUCGUCUUGCGAAGCGACUCAAAAAACCAAAAACCCUUUCGUCUAGCGAGUUUUCCGUCUUGCGGGGCAUUCGUCUUGCAAGGUACCACUGUAUUUAAAAUGAAAAUUCUCUAAUAUUCUCAUUAAUCGAGAAUAUUUUCAAAAUUUUUCUCCAAAAGGUUAUUCUCGAGAAUUUAACAUGACUAAACAAGAGUCCCAUUGGGUCAGUGGAAUCCCUCUGGCACAGCAUUAGAGUUUUAUAUGUUGGAGGGUCUUUUUUUCUCCCAGCCAGUGAGUUUUAUAUGAAGGAGCAGUCAAACAGGUAACCUGCAGUCUUAUCAAGAGCUUCACUGCGUGAUUUACUUGACGGUGUGGGUCAAGCUCCUAGGCUAUAUAGACCCCUCACCAUUUUUCAUUGAUAUGUCUCAAUUGAUGGUAUCAGCACUGGCUUUCUUGGAUUGAAGAAAAAUGUGAUGCACCUUGGAUUGAGAAGUAAUGUUUCUAUUCCCAUUUCGGCCUCCUCCAAAUCCAAGUCGGCUGAGUAAUGUUCCCACUUACUUGUAAGUGAGAUGGUCCUCCACAGCAUACUGACUGUUGCCCAGGAAAUACGGAAUCCCCUCUUUCCAUGGGCUGCGUCAGGUUUCUUUCCUAAUGGCAUUCCCCAGUGAGGCUGGCGUGCUUCUUUUCAACAUGCUUUUGGUGGCUUCUCCUUUUGUUGAGUCAGCUGCUUUGUUGAUGCUACGUCAUGAAUUGAAGUUUUAUUAUUUCGGUCACAGACCAGUUCCAGCCCACAUACAAUAUCAAGGAAGUCAUAAAACAUGAUAGGGAUACAUUUGAGUUUGCAAUUCGGUAUAACAGGGACACUACAGAUAUAGCAACAGUUAAAAUAUAUAAAAGUUUUAACUUAGUCGCUAACAUAUAACCUAAAAUUAUCAUUUAAGUCCUUAAUCAUUUUGAUACCACAGCUUGUUCCCUAAGUUUUAUGGCAAUCACGCAGAAUUUGGUUUUAAUCCGAUUUUGUUUUGUGUGACCAUUUUGAAGCUACUUUGUGAAAAGCGGUUUACAAACGGUAAAUAAAAACAAUCACCGACUUCUCUGAGUCAUAUAAUGGAGAAGGCAUAUCUUGUUCUCUUGUUGCAACUAUAUUUGGCACAUUGGUUGAAUGUGUUUAUCAAUUAGGUAUGUAGGAGGUCUUCUUUAUGCAGCCAGUCUUACAAAUUCUUUUGGCCUGCGUGUCCCACAGUUGAAAUUCUAUAGGCCCUUUUGGGCCUCAACUACGUGAAAUACUUUUCUUAAAUCAGCACUAAUCCACCUACUGGGUAACAAUAAGACUAUUGUGUUAUAGUAGUUCUAGUGUAAAUUUUGGGAGAAGUUAGCUGUUUAAUAUGCUUGCAGUUCUGUUCUUAUUUUGACCUUUUAUUAUUCCUGCAAAAUAAAUACAUUUCUUUUUUAAGCGUGUGGAUUUGGUUUACAGGAAAUUCAACGUUUGCAAGAUGAUGCUGAUAAAGCAAACAAGCAAGCUUCUUUGCUUGAAAGAGAGAACCAGAGGCUUGAAAUCCAAGUCAAAGAUCUUUCACAACAGGUUAGUUUGGUUUUUUUAAGUGGUUCACUCUUGUAAGCCUAUAUACCUUGAUAUACUAUUUCACCUUAAAGUUAGAGUCAGUUUUUGAAAGUAUUGGGAUUCUGAACCUCUGCUUACUCCAGAGUAAGCCUUAAUGAUUUCACUUGGAAUUAAUUUUAAGCAUGCACUUUUAAGAUUGCAGCCUUAAAAUAACGUCAGCUCAGUGCAGCCCGUACCUUUUAUUUCAUAAAUUCAUAACCUAUUGUAUUCCACAUUGAUGGCAGUAAAUAAUCGAAACAACAUGAUACAAUAUGCACUUAAAAAUAAAGUCAGUUUGUAUUAAAAAGCAGAAUGACCGUUUUAACAUCUCGCAUAGAAUUCUUGCAGCACAGCUCUGGAAGAGCUAUUGUCCUGUUGUAUGAAUCAUCUGUUUUCCUUUUUAAAGAUAAGAGUGCUUUUGGUGGAACUCGAAGAAGCCCGAGGCAACCAUGUUAUCCGCGAAGAAGAAGUGAGCUCUGCUGACAUCAGCAGCUCUUCCGAAGUCAUAAGCCAACAUCUGGUCUCCUACAGGAACAUUGAGGAACUUCAGCAGCAAAACCAACGCCUCUUAGUGGCUCUCAGAGAGCUGGGUGACGCCAAAGAGAAAGAGGAGCAAGAAACCACUUCAUCUAAGUAUGCUCCCCUUUAGCAGCAUGUUCUGACAUCCAGAAAUCUGAUCUUAAUCACAUAUUUGUUCUGUUUAGAAAGCAGUAAUAUAAGACAUAUUUGUUACCUGAGGUUGAUUUUAAAAAAAUAAAAAAUUAGUACAAUUGUUUUCUCUCCAUGACAGGAUUUCUGAGCUGCAGAGUCAACUCAGUGAAGCUAUCACUGAGCUGGAAAAGUUACGUGAGUCACGGCACCACCAGAUGCAGCUUGUAGACUCCAUAGUUCGCCAGCGUGACAUGUAUCGCAUCUUGCUGGCACAGACGUCGGGAGUUUCCAUUCCAUUGCAAGGUAUGGUCCCUUCAAUAAUGCCAAUGUACUUCUUUGUAAUGCGAGGAAAGCAAGGUUUAGGCUUUGGAGCCAGUGUGGUGUAGUGGUUAAGAGCGAUAGACUCGUAAUCUGGGGAACCGGGUUCGCGUCCCCGCUCCUCCACAUGCAGCUGCUGGGUGACCUUGGGCUAGUCACACUUCUCUGAAGUCUCUCAGCCCCACUCACCUCACAGAGUGUUUGUUGUGGGGGAGGAAGGGAAAGGAGAUUGUUAGCCGCUUUGAGACUCCUUCGGGUAGUGAUAAAGCGGGAUAUCAAAUCCAAACUCCUCCUCCUCCUCCUCUUCUUCUUCUUCUUCUUCUUCUUCUUCUUCUUCUUUUUCUUCAUUGUGUACAGUGAGAAUUGGAGAGGGUAGAAUGGCAAGCAUGUCCCAAAAGUUUGCCUAACCGUUUCUCAGGUUGUGAUUUUCUGAUUGGAACAAAUUGCUCAAACUUUGUGAAGGAACAGUGUAGAUUCAAUCUUACAUUCUAUGUUGCUUGAUGUUCCAAAUGCACAACACAUUGCGAGACGUGAGGUUACGGGGAACCAGGCAGAGGGCCUUGUCGGUAGUGGCGCCCACCCUCUUGAAUGCCCUCCCAUCAGAUGUCAAGGAAAUAAGCAGCUAUCCUAUUUUUAAAAGACAUCUGAAGGCAGUCCUGUUUAAGGAAGUUUUUAAUAUUUAAUGCUGUAUCGUUGUUAAUAGUCGAUUGGGAGCCGCCCAGAGUGGCUGGGGAAACUCAGCCAGAUGGGCAGGGUAUAAAUAAUAAAUUAUUAUUAUUAUUAUUAUUAGUGGAGGAAUCAAUUUAAUUUUGAUUCAUGCUUUCAGCCGCAUAUUGGGCCUCUUUAAGAAGUAACAACACUGCACAGCUUUAGCUGAGAAUUUUGUGAGAUCACAGGAAUUUUGUGAGACUUCGCAGCUGAAAGCAGGAGUAGAAGGCAGUAAGGUUGAGAAGAUUGUGUGACAGCACCUCAGGCACUUCAAGGACAUCAGCUGUGGCAGGAGGCACCUGCGUUCUUCCUCAGCUGAGCUAGAUUUUAGUGGCAGAAUCUGGAGAAUAUAAGCUUUCACCCUGGGGGCAGUGGGAGCAGGAGAAGAUGACGGUCCCUUUCGCCAAAAGAAUUGAAGCUCCCCAAAGCAAGUUGGACAGCUGUGCAGAAAUAAACACAGCUUGCAUGUUUAUGAGGAUUUGCAUAAUAUGCUCCAGUUGUUGAAAGUGCUCUAGUAAUGCAGAAGUGCGGGAGAAAGAACCUCUGGCCUUUGCUGUUAGCGGGAGAAAUGGGAUUCUGAGUUCCUAAUUAUAUGGUUGUAAUAUAUUGUAGGACGCGGGUGGCACUGUGGUCUAAACGACUGAGCCUAGGACUUGCUGAUCAGAAGGUCGGCGGUUCGAAUCCCUGCAACAGGGUGAGAUCCUGUUGCUCAGUCCCAGCUCCUGCCAACCUAGCAGUUCAAAAGCCCGUCAAAGUGCAAGUAGAUAAAUAGGUACCGCUCCGGUGGGAAGGUAAACCACGUUUCCAUGCGCUGCUCUGGUUCGCCAGAAGCGGCUUAGUUGUGCUGGCCACAUGACCCGGAAGCUGUACGCCGGCUCCCUCGGCCAAUAAAGCGAGAUGAGCGCCGCAACCCCAGAGUCGGUCACGACCGGACCUAAUGGUCAGGGGUCCCUUUACCCUUUACCUUAAUAUAUUGUAAGCUGUCUAGAUCAUUUGAUCCAGAUGUAGGCACAAAUGUAAAUAAAAACAUGAACUUUGAUAGAAUUUGAGGUCUGGUAUGCAGAAUUCCACAACCCAUGAAAAUGUCACUGUUGGAAAGUGUAGCCCAUUAGUGUGAAUGAGAACCAGUAAUGUGCACUGGGUUAACGGUCAGACUCCUGCCAAGGUAAAGGUAAAAAGGGAUGCGGGUGGCGCUGUGGUCUAAACUACUGAGCCUCUUGAGCUUGCUGAUUGGAAGGUCAACGGUUCAAAUCCCCACGACGAAGUGAGCUCCCAUUGCUUUUUCCCAGCUCCUGCCAACCUAGCAGUUCGAAAACAUGCCAGUGAAAGUAGAUAAAUAGGUACCACUGCAGCGGGAAGGUCAACAGCGUUUCCGUGUGCUCUGGUUUCCGUCACAGUGUUCCGUUGCACCAGAAGCAGUUUAGUCCUGCUGGCCACAUGACCCGCAAAGCUGUCUGUGGACAAACGCCGGCUCGCUUGGCCUGAAAGUGAGAUGACCACCGCAACCCCAUAGUCGCCUUUGAAUGAACCGAACUGUCCAGCGGUCCUUUACCUUUACUGCCAAGGACACAUGGGUCUGAACCCACAUCCACCCAUGCGAUUUUCUGGAUGACCUUCAGCUAGUGACACACUCACCGCCUGGCUCCCCCCCCCCCCCCAAGGUUGUGAGCAUAAAAUGGGGAGUAGGAGGACUGUUCUGAGCUCUCUAGGGAAAGGAUGGUUCGGAAAGGUAAGAAAUAAAGGAUCUUUCCGUUUUCUCUGAUCUGAUAAUGUUGCUUCUCUCUCUUUUAUAGCUUCAAGCAUCUUGCCAGAAGAAAUGUCUCUGGCAGUGACCCCUAAGCGUCUGUCAGGGGCGCCUCAGGCCAUGUCAACUCCUGCUGCUGUGCCAGUGACAGAAUCAGCAGAGGCAGUGGAGGCUAAGGCUGCUCUUAAACAGGUACCAGCCAGUCUUUCUCCAAACGCCUUUUCCUCAUCUUUACAAAAGGAGCCCAGUUUUCUGCUUGGCCUUGUAUUUAUCUUUGAACGCGUUUGACUUGCUCUACAGCUGCAGGAGUUCUUUGAGAGCUACAAGAAAGAAAAGGCAGAGAAUGACAAACUCCUGAAUGAGCAAAAUGAGAAGCUUCAGGAGCAGGUUACAGACUUGAGGUCACAGAAUACAAAGAUUUCCACCCAACUUGAAUUUGCUUCCAAGCGGUAAGACAGUAUUAAUGAAUGGUUCGUGGGUGUUCCUCUCAGCAUUCUCCCCUGGGUGGUCUCCACCCAUUAAAGUGUCCCCACCUAGCUGAGAAUGAACUCUGUUUGAUGUAGCAGGUUCUGGAUUCUGGGCUCUUACAAAAUCAUCCAGUUUACUUUGCUUGCACUUCUGCUGUGGGCUCGCUUGUAGAAAUGAAGCCGAUCGCUUCUUUUAGACAUUUUCACGGAGAUGCAGCCUGUUUUCUGCUAUAAAUCAGGAAACUCGGCAUCCUUCCAAGAUUAGGGCGUUUGAUCUCCUCUCCUGCUGAUAAGUAGUUGGUAGAUUGAGUCGAGCUGGAGCUAAUUAAGGCUUUCUCUGAGACUUUCCAGGGCUUUCUCUAAAACUUUUAGCUUAAACGUUGUGAUUAUAGUAAUUAAGAAAAAGAUACCGAGCAAUAAAAUACUAGAACUGAUAAAAGCUAAUAAAAAGCUGAUAAAACUAAUAAAAAACACAACUGACGCGCAGCUCAAAUCGAUGCUUCCUCUAACGACGCCAUCGUUAAUGAAUGCUGACGAAAGACUUCUGUACUAUUAAUGCAAUUGGAGGAUUGCAGUUUGUGCCCUGAAACCUGGAGUUUUAGUGGCAGUAAUCUCGUGCAGUAAAUAGGACAAAUUACUUCAAGGAACAUGGUAGACUCUUAACACUGCCUGAUCAAACUAAGGUUAGGAGAUGGGAGUACUAUGCAGCGUCAUAACUUCCUCCACUUUUUAGGUAACCAUGGUUGGCAGUACAUCUGCACCAUGGUUUUCAAUAACCUUGGUUAGUUUAAAACCAUGGUUUACAAUCCUGGGCUGAUAGAGAAUAAAUGUUUUAAAUAAUGAAAAUAAACUCAAAGAGGUAUGAACUGAUUAAAAAUAUUCAGUAACUUGCAUCCUCUUUCUUAAACAUUCUUGGGGGUGGGCCAAAAACCAUGCUUAGAACUGUCUGUACUCGGUAAGAUUACCAGUUAAUUUAGCCACUGGAAAACUUGCACACAAAAAACCUAUUCAGUUGUUUGUUUCCAGUUGAUUUUAGUGGAAACAAAAUUGUUAGAAUUCUCCUCAUUUGAGUUUGUAAUACCAAUUUGGUUGAAAUAUGAUCUUAUCUAUGUUCCUUGUGAAGUUACGAGAUGCUUCAGGAUAAUGUGGAAGGAUAUCGGCGAGAGAUAACAUCAUUGCAUGAAAGAAUCCAGAAGCUUUCAGCAACCACUCAAAAACAAGAACAAAUUAUCAACACUAUGACUCAAGAGCUGAGAGGAGCUAAUGAAAAAUUAGCUGUGGCAGAAGUAAGUAGUACAACAUAUUAUGCAUAACUGAAUGUUCCAGGGAAAGGGAGAAGUGUAGUCUUAUUAGACUAUACCAACUGGUAGGGUCUACGUUGCUCCCGGGAGGGAGAAAGGAAGUCAAAUGACACUGAGGUUUGGUUCAGAGAAAGAGUUUAUUCUGCUCUCCGGAUAGCAGAAGGCACUUGCGUGGCCAGUCCAUAGCAAGUCCAAAGAAAUGAGAAAUUUCAUGCAGUAUAUAUAUCCUCCAGGCACCCUCUCCACCCCCCCCCCCAGGAAUCCAACCACAUCAGCUUAUACAUGUAAGUUGACAUCCACGACCAUAAACAGAUAUUCCUGUUCCGGUACUCUUCACCAUAAAAGGGUGUUCCUGUUCUUGUUCCUAUACUCUUAUCUUGGAGCAAGAGGUCACCAACUCUAAGAGCGCUCCUGGCGCCGUUCCCGGGUGGCUGAAAAGGUCUGUACGUCAGUGUGGUCAGGACGUAAGAUAAGACCCAGACGUCUCAUCCCUGCUCUACUCUGGAACUGACAAGGUCAUCCCUUGCCAUCACGGACUGAUAAAGGAGAGAGCUUUGAGCACUUGUUUAUACAGCUGGCUUUCUGUUUAUACAUUGACUCAAGCUCAAGCUUCCUGAGCUUGAAAAGCUCAAGUUAAUGCAUUUUAGAAAUGCUCCCUUGGAGAAGGAAAAAUGUGGAGUUUGGGUCCCGUUUCAGACUGACUGCACAGAAGGAAGAAUUCCUUCAGAAGGAAGAAUUAUGUUGUGUGAGUGAACUUUAUUCAGCACACACAUAUCCCACUUAAUACUACUACUUCUUGUUACUUAUUGAAUUGAUUAUUUAUUGUUUAUUGCAUUUAUAUACUGCCCUUCAUCUAAGAUCAUAGCUCAGAAAGAGAAUUAUAGCUUGAAAAGCUUUGGGAAUUAUCACAUCAUUAGCUUAUUGUUCAUCAUUGAGGUGGUUGACAGCAACAUAUUUCUGUUUCUAGGGACGGCAUGAGCCUAGCUAAGCUGUGAUUAAUAUGUUUUGGCUUUAUGUACUCAAGUGGCCGAAAACUCACUGGGAAUGUAAAUUUUGGGUUAAUAACUCACUUUAUACAGAUGUCAACACUUAACCUUACCAGGAUUGAAUUAACCUAGGAUCAAAUGUAAUCUCUUUCAAAGGUGAGAGCAGAGAAUUUGAAAAAAGAGAAGGAUAUUUUGAAAAUGGCAGAGGUUCGCCUGACUCAGCAGAAAGAUUCUUUAGUAACAGCACAGAGAGGACAAAAUAUGCUGCUUACUAAUCUGCAAUCUAUUCAGGUUUGUUUGUGCCCUCUUUACUCAUGCUCUCCGGGUCUCAGCAGGGCGUGUUCAUGGAGGAAAGCUUGCUCAGGAACAACACAAUGUUUCUCUUGCACAUAGGUCUGUGUGUAAGUAACAGAUUUGGGGGCGGGGGCUUUACAGCCAGUAAGAGAGCCAGUGUGGUGUAGUGGUUAAGAGCGGUGGACUCGUAAUCUGGUGAACUGGGUUCGCUUCCCUGCUCCUCCACAUGCAGCUGCUGGGUGACCUUGGGCCAGUCACACUUCUCUGAAGUCUCUCAGCCUCACUCGCCUCACAGAGUGUUUGUUGUGGGGGAGGAAGGGAAAGGAGAAUGUUAGCCGCUUUGAGACUCCUUCGGGUAGUGAUAAAGCGGGGUAUCAAAUCCAAACUCUUCUACAGAAGCAUUUGGGAGCGCUCUUCCUUUCAGCACAAUUCAGCAAAAAUGUUCCAUGUUAGUAUAUAUUGUUCUUUACUAGGUGAUACUGGAAAGGGCUGAGACCGAAACUCAACAGAGGCUCAAUAACCAAAUAGAGAAAUUGGAGCGUGAAAUAGCCCAACUGAAGAAAAAACUAGAAAAUGAGGCGGAACAAAGGCAUUCAGUUAACAAAACUCAAGAUGUAAGUAUGAGAAAUUAAAGAAACAAGUCGUUGACAUAGCACUCUUGUGGUUUUUGAAAAGAAAGACAAAUGGAUCUCCAUUCAUUUCUGGUUCAAGGCACCAGAAUGGAGUUCAUACAGUAUUUAUUCAAGUCGUAGAGUUGCUUCGAAAACUGCCCCAUGUGUAGAAGGCUUUAUCCACUCAUGGAAGAAAUGCCUUAUAAUGUUUCUAGAGGAGAGCGUAGACAAGCGAAACAAAAUCCAAAGAAAUCUUAUGCUUGAGCAAACAUGAGAGCUGCUGUACAACCUACCUAUUACGCCUAGGGAAGGGGGAUGAAAUUCAUUUAAUGUACAUUUUCAUACAAACCUACCUAAUUCACAUUUCCCCAAACAAAACGCAAAUAUCUUCUGCAGUUCAUAGUUUUUCUCAGUUUUGUGAAGAGAUGUGCAAAAUUCUGUUUUAAGCUACCUAUGGUUGCAGUUGAGUUACGUUUUAGUCGCUGUCUUUGAAGUAAAGUAUGGCCGUUCCUUUUCAGAUUCACUUAUUGGAUGCUAAAAGACAGCUUGAGACAGAAAUAAAUCUUCAUGCUAGCACAAAAGAACUGCUGAAGAAUGCCCAAAAGGACAUUGCAACAUUAAAGCAACAGCUUCACAAUAUGGAGGCCCAGUUAGCAUCCCAGUCAUCACAAAGAGCUCCUGGUCAAGGUAAGAAAAGAAAAAGUGUAAACAUUUGCUAAGUUGAACCUGUGUCUAGCGUGUGUAAAACAUGAGAAAACAGCUUCCAUGUUUGUUGUUGUUUAGUCAUGUCUGACUCUUCAUGACCCCAUGGACCAGAGCACGCCAGGCACUUCUGUCUUCCACUGCCUCCCGCAGUUUGGUCAAACUCAUGCUGGUAGCUUCGAGAACACUAUCCAACCAUGUCGUCCCCUUCUCCUUGUGCCCUCAAUCUUCCCCAACACCAGGGUCUUUUCCGGGGAAUCUUCUCUUCUCAUGAGAUGGCCAAAGUAUUGGAGCCUCAGCUUCAGGAUCUGUCCUUCCAGUGAGCACUCAGGGCUGAUUUCCUUAAGAAUGGAUAGGUUUGAUCUUCUUGCAGUCCAUGGGACUCUCAAGAGUCUCCUCCAGCACCAUAAUUCAAAAGCAUCAAUUCUUCGGCCAUCAGCCUUCUUUAUGGUCCAGCUCUCAGCUUCCACGUAGUAUGCCCCCAAAUCCAGAAUUAAUUUGAAGAACACUUUAUUUUGUUUAACCUUAUCUUUGCCAUUUUUAGGCCAGCCAAGUGCAAACGAGGAUGUGGAUGAUCUCAUAAGUCGAUUGAGACAGUCUGAGGAGCAAGUGAAUGAUUUGAAGGAAAGGCUGAAGAUUGCCACAAGUAAUGUGGAGCAAUACCAAGCUAUGGUUGUAAGCCUCGAGGAAUCCCUGAACAAAGAGAAGCAGGUACUGGGCUAAUAAAACUGCCUGCUCAAUAUGACUUAGACAUGGAACUAUGUUUUCAUGGUACAACCGCACAAACGCAAGCAGUUUUCUUGUGAUUUAGUCAGAAGGUGGGGGAAACAACCCUCGAGAAUUGGGAUCCAGCACUGCUUUGCAUGCCCAGGUGGCAGUGUACUUUUAAACUGGUGUCCCAGCUGUGUCUUUUCCUUGAUCAAUUAAUGCUGGUAAUCUCAGGUGCCCUGCAGGUGGGGGUGACUUGGGGAAAACAGCCUCGCUGGCAUAGAUGCCCACAAUGGGGGGGGGGCAGUUGCCCCCCUCUAGGUGAAUAACAGUUUCCAGAUUCUCAGCUUUCACUAAAAAAAGAGAAGAAAAACCUUAUAACAUUUGUAGAACCCAAAAUAUUAUUUAAAAUGUGCAGGGACUAUUUCCCCGCUCCCUUCCUUUUUGUGAACAACUAGCCUGCUCUCCCGUUUCACUUUUUACUACCCUCUCCUAAAAAUCCAUACAGACGCAUAUGUUUGCGGGCCAGAAUAGGAUCCCUGACAGAUCUAAUUAGACCUGUGGGCCGGAGUUGGCACACUGCUGCUGUGAUCAAUACGGUCAAAUAAUUUGUGUAGGUCCCUUACAUGAGCUGAUAUUGCUGAAAGCCAGUGGAAAAGAUCUCAUUUUUAAUUGGCAUUUAUUUAGGAACUAUAAAAUAAAAAGUGGCCCAAGAGUAUCUCAGACAUGCUUUGUCCUCACAGCAGAUUCCUCAAGCUAACAGCUUGCCCUUUAUCUGUUACACUUGUAGAUUUUUCUCACCCUUUAAAAUGGGAGGGUUAGGGUUAGGAUUUGAGCAUUGGCCUGUAAUUCAGAUUUGAGCAUUGGCCUGUAUUUCUCAAGCUUGCUUUCCAUUCUCAGUGAAAGUGAUGGACUGUAGGCAGGUUUUCUGUGUGCUGUGUGCCACUUACGGAUAUCACAUUUAAAACUGAGUUAAUUGUGCAGGUAACUGAAGAAGUUCGCGCUGCCGUUGAAGCCCGCCUGAAGGAGGCCUCUGAGUACCAGUCCCAACUAGAAAAGAAAUUGAUGGAGGCAGAGAAGGAAAAGCAGGAACUUCAGGAUGAGAAACGUAAAGCUAUAGAGAACAUGGAACAGCAGGUAUAGAAGCACGAGUAUUCUCCUUCAUAUUUUUUCCUUUCACUGUAGCUAGCAAGAGAACUUGGCCAGGCUACAAAGGGCUUCUCUGUGGAAGGACUUGAGCAUAUCUAGUGUAAUUUUUAUUCUUAAGGUUUUCUUUAACUCGGUGAACAUGCAGACCCUGAUGCCAUUUUGCCAUGUGCUUUUGCAAGUCCUCUCUGUUUGCCAUGUGGCAUGUGGAGGGUGUGUGUCAGGGCUGCUGUUCUUAAAAACUGCCACCCAAAGCCCCAUUGGACAUACAGAGUUACUUGUGUUAAUUAAUUCACACAAUUACCAUAUUUUUUGCUCUAUAAGGCUCACUUUUUCCCUCCUAAAAAGUAUGUGUGUGCGUCUUAUGGAGCGAAUGCAGGCUGCGCAGCUAUCCCAGAAGCCAGAACAGCAAGAGGGAUUGCUGCUUUCACUGCGCAGCGAUCCCUCUUGCUGUUCUGGCUUCUGGGAUUCAGAGUAUUUUUUUUCUUGUUUUCCUCCUCCAAAAACUAGGUGUGUCUUAUAGAGCGAAAAAUACGGUAUUUUUUUCUGAUGCGGUCAUCACAAAAUAACCUUUAUCUUUUGAAAUCUUCCUUUUUCCUCAGCGUGUGAUGGAAAACAGCCAGUGAUGACAGUGUUUGUUUCAUUCAGAUGAAAAGCAUGAUUAUAUCAAUCUGCCCUAAGCAUGCAGAGGGUUUUUUAUUGGGGAAGUUUGUGUAGAAGUAAAGAACUGCCUUAGAUGACCUUGAAUUAAGUCAAAUUCAGGUUUAGCACUUAAUUAAAUUUUGAUUAUUCAGUGCGCCAAUCAGCUGUAACUUUAAAAUGUAAUGGUUUUCAAAAGUUUGUGAUUGUUUGACACUUGAUGUUUAAUGACUAGCUUUCUGAGCUGAAGAAAAAUCUCGCCAGUAUGAAGUCUGAAGUCCAGGAAGCUCUUCAGAGAGCAAAUACAGCUCUUACCAACGAGCAGCAUGCUAAACGGGACUGCCAAGAACAAGUAAGUUUUUAUAAGGCCUAUCCAGACACAGGAUAUUGUUGAUAAUUUAUGUUCCAUUUGUAGCCUUAUUGGAGUCCUGCGGACAGGAGGAAGGAAGUCAAAUGACACCAAGGGUUGGUUCAGAGAAAGAGUUCUUUAUUUCUGCUCUCCGGAACAGCAGAAAGGCACUUGCGUGGUCAGUCCACAGCAAGUCCAAAGAAAUGAGAGAUUACAUGCAGUAUAUAUAUCCUCCAGGCACCCUCUCCCCCCUCCCCAGGAAUCCAGCCACGUCAGCUUGUGCACGCAGGUUGACAUCACAGAUGUUCCUGCUCCGGUAUUCUUAACCAUAAAAGGGUAUUCCUUCCUGUACUUCUGACCAUAAAAGGUUGUUCCUGUUUCCUAUGCUUGCUCUUGGAGCAAGAGGUCAUCAACUCCCAAGAACACACUCUGGCGCUGUUCCUGGACUAGGUCUGUGCGUCUUUGUGGUCAGGACGUAAGAUAAGGCACAGAUGUGUCUUCCCUGUUCUACUGGUACAGUCAAGGCCAUCCUUGCUGUCACGAACUGAUAAAGGAGAGAGCUCUGAGCACUUGUUUAUACAGCUGGGUUUUGGCUCAAGAGCUCAAGUGAAAGCAUUUUAGCUAAGGAAAAAUAGGGAUUUUGGUGGAGUUUCAAACUGCCUGCACAGUCAGUUUUGGGUUUGGGAAACCCAUUCCUUCACGUUGAUUUUCCAUGACUGUGUUUCUCAUAAAUGAGGAUUGUGCACUCACACCUCUUUUGUACCAGCUCCAUUGAUUGCCACCCUUUUUUUGGACCAGUGGGCACAUUUUGGUUCUGAAAAAGGGUGUGGUUGUCACGGGUGUGUGGUGUAACACAACAUGAGUGCUGUGAGUGUGUGGCAUAACACAAAAUUGGAGAGAGUGUAGUCAUUGCUGCUUACACCUGCUUAGGAAAUCAGCUAUGUCCUACUGGUUCCUGAUUGUGGAGAUCACACAAUAUUUACAUUUCCUUCUGCCCUCCCAAAAAAUGCUGUUGAUGUGUAAUAACAGGGAGCAUUCCCCAGUACCAGGAGAAAUAUACAAGAUGUCCACACACCGCACAGAUUACAAGCAAGCACUGCAUCUCUCUCACACACAUACAGUCUCAUUCUCCAUGCGCACGCACGCACAGACACACACACACAAGUACUUCCCAUAUAUAGCUGCCUCUGUCUGCUCAGAUGUAGUUCUCCCUCUCUGUCUCACAGACCCUUCAUACAUGCAGAUCACACACUGCUAACAUACCUGCCCCCAUACUCCAAUACAUCUCCCCCAAACAGUAUAUACCUCACCCUCCACCCACCCACCUGCAUGUACACCUAUCUCUCUGUCUCACAAACUACACACAUACCCAGAACAAAUGUACAUAAUACCUUCCCGUCUCUUUCACACACACCAAGCACACAGACACGGCACCUCUCUCCAUCUCUUGCUGCCCAGGUACAUCUCUCUCAAUUACACAUAGAGACCGUGCAUGAACAACCUACCCUCCGCAUUCAGAAAAGCUCCAGAGGCAAAGAAAGGUGCCUGCAAUCUCCCAAAAAGACACCCCCCCCCAAGAAAACUAAAAGGAAAAAAGGAAGGCCCCCAAUCUGACGCUGGCUCUCUGGUAGCUCGGGGACACUAAGCGAGUCUACAGGCACCAGGUUGGUGUUCCCUGCACUAGCCUAAUGGGAGUACAAUGGUACCUUGGUUUGCGAACAGUCUGGUUUGCAUACGUUUUAGAUUACAAACACGUCAAACCCGGAAGUGCGUGUCCCGGUUUGCGAACUUUUUUUGGAUUACAACCUUUUUUUAUUAUUAUUACGAACAAAUUUGGAAGGAGAAGGAAUUUGCCCAUGUGAAGACCAUCAGGUGGAAACUCUUACACAUAUAGUUCUUAAAUGUAAACUAUAUGUUGAUCUCCACCAGCAGUUCCUAGAUCAACUCUGCAUCCCCAAAUGGAAACCAGAGUUAGAGGUCAUACAUUUUCUAUUAUUGGGGAAUAAUCAAGAGCUCACCAAGUUAGUGGCUAAAUAUCUUUAUCCGUUUUUUUGUCCUCGAAACACAUUGCAGACGUCUGAUCUCCCUGGAGACCUAGAGAUGUAAUGUUAGACUGCUUUGCCUCUUUCAUUUGACAAAUGAUUUGUGUCACUGGGAAGGCGGGAAUUCUGUACUGAUUUGCUAUGGAUGUUUGUAUGUGAUGCCAAUAAAAGGUUUGAUGAUGAUGGAAAAUUUUGGGGGAGGCCCCAUUGGCGAAAGAGUGCCUUGAGUUACACAACCUGUUUUGGUUUACGAACGAACCUCCGGAACGGAUUGUGGUUGUAAACCAAAGUACAACUGUAAUUGCAUGUUUAUUGCAUGUUGGUCUGCACUCACUGAAAAUGUGAAGCAUCAGUGUCUUAUCCCUUUUUGUUAGAAUGACACUGUAAUGCUAUAUCGCUUGGGAACUUGUAUGCAAGCUUAUGUAAUCAGUGGGCUCCUGCUACAAAAAAAAUAAAUCUGUCUAAUCUAGAAUGCAGUUAUGGAAAACUCUUGUAUCCUAAAUUUUAGGAGAACCAGCAAGGCUGCUUGGAAUGGGCUGGGUUUUGUUUUCCCCACUUAAACUUACACAUCACUUUAGUGACAAAAUGAGAACCUUUAAAGUGCGGGGGGCCAAAUAAAGUGAAUUGAAUUCCUUAAAAGUUCAGAAAUGGUGAUAGCUGGGUGUUUUUUUUAACAGGCCAAGAUAGCAGCGGAAGCACAGAAUAAAUAUGAGCGGGAGCUGAUGCUUCAUGCCUCUGAUGUUGAAGCCUUGCAGGCUGCCAAAGAACAAGUUGCUAAGAAUUCCACAAUAAAGCAGCAAUUGGAGGAAGCUGCCCAGAAAGCAGAAGCUGCAUUGCGAGAGAGCAGAGCUUCGUGGGAAGAGAGAGAGAGAAUGUUAAAGGUAACUUUUCCGACUGUACAAGUUUUACACAUAACUGUAUGUGAAAUCCUGAAAGCAGGUGACAUUAAAAAAUAAAAUAAACUCUUCUCUUAAAGGAUGAAGCUUCUAAGCUGGCUUCUCGCUGUGAAGACUUAGAAAAACAGAACAGACUGUUGCAUGAACAGCUGGAAACUCUCAGCGACAAGAUGAUGUCUUCAAUGAAGGAAGGCAUGCCAGGAGCAUUAAAUGUGUCUCUCACUGAAGAAGGAAAAUCACAAGAACAGAUAGUGGAAAUUCUCAGGUGUGUUAUUUAGUGUAUGGAUCUGAUGUCAUUCCCAGGCCCUAAGGAAGCCAGACUGUCCUCCACCAGGGCCAGGGCUUUUUCAGUGACUGCUCUGACCUGGUGGAAUACUCCGUCCCACAAGACUAGGGCCCUGCAGGACUUGAUCUCCUUCCUCAGGGCCUGUAAGACAGAGCUAUUCCGCCUGGCCUUCAAUUUGAAUUAGCUUGAUCCUAUAUUCCCUUUUCCCUUUCCUCUUCUAUGAAGAGCCCCUUUCUGGGACCCCACAUUUAAAUUCUUCCCUGGUCUCCUUGCUGGCCCUAGUAGAACCAACUUGGCCCGGUAGGCCUGGUGAUCAUUUGAUGUCUACUGACUGGGGUGGUUUUGUUUUGUUUUUCCCCAAAAUGACCCCUGAAUUUUUGAAUGUUAUUGAUAUUGAUGUUGCAUUUUAUGUUGUAUUUUAUGCUGUUAUUAAGUCACAUUUUAAUCAAUGUUUUAUAUUUGCUGUUAGCCGCCCUAAGCCUGGUUUUUAAACCGGGAAGUGUGGGUAUAAAAUUAUUAUCAUUAUCAUCAUUAUUAUUUAAUUGGCAAAGUAAUGAACCACAGGAGUACACAAAGUGGGUAUCCUCCAGAAAAUGUGGACUACAAAUCCCCCAGAGAACACGGCAAGUCUAUAAUCCACAACAUCUGGGGAGAGCACCAUCUUUAGUAUUAUUACUGUUUUAAGCUGCCCAUUUGACUGGGUUUCCCCAGCCACUCUGGGUGGCUCGCAACAAAAUAUUCGCUAUACCCUGCUUCAGGGCCCAUUUGCAAUUGUUUCAAGGGGAUUUUUGAAAUGCCUAGUAUUUGAGCAGAUUUGACAAAAUCAAAACUUCUUCCCAUUGGUAUAGAAGGUCAUCGGGUUGGGAUUUUGCUCCACCUUGUGGUCGAAGGCAGGGGGUAGGCUUUUGUGGUAACCGGGUGGCUCUUCAAGAAUCCGGUUUGCUUUCCUGCCUUCAUUGAAACAAUUGUGAUUUUUCUGAAGCAGUUGAAAGAGCCAUAUUCUAGGGGUCAGGAAGAAGCAGCAGCAUUGUAAACUCACUCCUUUCUUGCACUCAGAUCCUCGCCCCGUGUGACUUCUCCCUCUUGGGUAUCUUAUGUGGCCAUUGCUAACUGAAGGCUGCUCCUAAACUCCAAUUCAGAAACAUGGCUUAAACCUUAACCAAGGGUAGCAAUGCGCACACACACACACACACACACACACACUGGUAACAUAGCAUAACACAGUCUGACAACCCACUUUCAGAUCCUAAACUAUAUGAUCUCGCACUGUGUCUGCAUUUGCCUGUAAUAACAUUAUAAGGCCGAAACAAAUCCCAAUAUUGAUUGGUCAUGUUUUCCAACUUCCCUUUAAAACCCAGCAAUUUUUAGCUUUGCGGGCUAAACAGUGUUUUGUUGAGGCAUUUAAUCUCAAGUAGUGCUUCUUUCCACCGCAGGUUUAUACGCAGAGAAAAAGAGAUUGCAGAAACGAGGUUUGAGGUGGCACAAGUGGAGAGCUUACGGUACCGCCAGAGGGUGGAACAUUUGGAAAGGGAGCUCCAACAAUUGCAGGAAAGUCUGAACGCAGAGAGAGAGAAAGUGCAGGUAUGUAUGUGUGUGCCUAUGGUCACCUUUAGUUAGAAGUUAACAAAAGUAUUUCCCUUUGUAUAUUGACAUUUCAGAGUCCUGGAAACAUUCCUGUCCUAUUGACAGACAUGCAGUUUAUUAGGAAUGCUGCUUGUUUCGUUGGUAAUAUCUGGAGAACACCUCUGGCUUGCUUUCAGAAACACAACUGUUGUUACAUACAAAGAAUCUGAGAUAAUUUGCCUGUGCUGAAACAUCUGGUGUUUGAAGUGAAGAUGAAUGCUUAGAUUUAAGUUGGCUUCUUUAGAAAACAAUGAGAUUCCUCUGAGAAGAUUGGCAGUGGUGGCCAAGAUUCCCUGGAAGACCACUGGUCAAUUCUUUUCUCUGCAUUGCGAAGCCACAAGGAGUGUUGGCUGUGUUCUUGCAGUGAACCCACAAUUCAUAUGGGUCAAAACCCAGGCUACUGUUCUACGUGAACGGACUGUGACAAACGGAUGCUUCAAAAUGUUUGUGCAGCAGAGAUGUUCAUUGAUAGAGCUAUAGGUAGUUUUGAAACCACUGGAUUCAUGUAAUGGGCCAGAGGCUGAUCAGUACAGACACCUGGUAAGGGCCUGGAGUAGGAGAAUAAUAAUAAUUUAUUAUUUGUACCCUGCCCCUCUGGCUGGGUUUCCCCAGCCACUCUGUUCGGCUUCCAACAAAGAUUAAAAAUACAUCAAAAUGUCACACAUUAAAAAUUUCCCUGAACAGGGCUGCUUUCUAAAUGUCAGGUAGUUGUUUAUCUCUUUGACAUCUGAUGGAUAACCUUGUUAGAUACCACAGUGGCCUUUCAUGUUUGAGAAUUGUUCAUAUUAUAUGUGGGCGGCGCUGCAGUCUAAACCACUGAGCCUCUUGGGCUUGCCGAUCAGAAGGUCGGCGGUUCGAAUCCUCACGACGGGGUAAGCGCCCGUUGCUCUGUCCCAGCUCCUGCCAACCUAGCAGUUCAAAAGCAUGCCAGUGAAAGUAGAUCAAUAGGUACCACUGUGGCAGGAAGGUAAACAGCAUUUCCAUGCGCUCUGGUUUCCGUCAUGGUGUCCUGUUGCACCAGAAGCGGUUUAGUCAUGCUGGCCACAUGAGACAGAAAGCUGUCUGGAGAAACGCCAGCUCUCUUGUCCUGAAAGUGAGGUGAGCGCCGCAAUCCCAUAGUUGCCUUUGACUGGAUUGAACCGUCCAGUUACCUUUUUUUUAACCUUUUAUUAUAUAUAUUGCUCGCUCUGACAGUUAACUUUGCCGAGUUAACAGGGUUAAUGAACGCACUUAAUAGUUUCCCAAGAAAAUUACCAUGGCACUCCAGGUCGCAUCUUCCUGAAAACGUGGAUAUUGAUACACAUGUUUGGGAUUUCACUAUUGUGUUGAAUUUUAGGUGACAGCGAAAACAAUUGCUCAGCAUGAAGAACUAAUGAAGAAGACAGAGACCAUGAAUGUUUUGAUAGAAACCAACAAGAUGCUAAGGGAGGAGAAAGAGAGACUGGAACAGGAACUGCAGCAAAUGCAGGCAAAAGUCAGUAUGAAUUUUAAAUCUAGCUUUCAAAACCCUAAAACACUGAAAACCACAAAUUAUUGAACAAAAUGAGAAAUUACAGAAUAUACACUUAGCUCCCCCUGUGUCAAACCAUAAUUUACAACCUACAGUAAUUUGAGACAUUUGAAAGUUUCAAAUCAAGGAGCUGUUCAUUCACUGAGACACGACGUUAAACUCUGAAUGUGGAGAUUUUGGCUGUACCAGGAAACAGAGUCACUCGGAAGUAACUUCUAAACCGUUAUGUGUUCAGGUGCGUAAACUGGAAGCUGAUAUCUUGCCUUUGCAAGAGUCUAAUGCUGAACUGAGCGAGAAGAGUGGGAUGCUUCAAGCAGAGAAGAAGCUUUUGGAAGAGGAUCUCAAACGCUGGAAAGCACGGACCCAGGUGAGCUUACCUUAUAUUCAAGGACUAUUGUUUUGCAAUGCCUCAACAGGACAUUUCUCCAGAGUACAAUAAGGAGGUCCUCACUCCAAGAUGGGUGAAAAUGUUACAUAGUAGAAGACCAAGAAAGGGGAAUAAGACAAUAGAUAUGGUAUAAGAUUUGGGGCAGGUUUACACUUUUGCUUAGACGGUAAGAAGGGAAGCAUUUAAGAAAAGCUAAAAGCAUUAGGAGGGAUAUCUGCACUAAGGUAAAUAUUAUUGGGUGCUCAUGGAAAGAUAAGUAUUGAUCAGAGUGAGGGAGGAUGAAGAGGGAAGGGAUUUUUCUCUUCCUUUAGGCAGUUACAAGUAGGCAGCAGCCCUGAAUCUCAUGAAGUUUUCAGAAUGUGUGUUGCUGUGUGUUUUUGCUUUGUGAAUACAGUGGUACCUCUGGAUGCGAACGGGAUCCAUUCCGGAGCCCCGUUCGCAUCCAGAAGUGAAUGCAACCUGCGUCUGCGGGUCGCGAUUCUCCGCUUCCAUGCAUGCGCGUGACAUCAUUUUGAGCGUCUGCGCGAGCGGCAAAACCCGGAAGUAGCGUGCUCUGUUACUUCUGGGUUGCCAUGGAGCACAGCCCGAAAAGGCUUAACCUGAAGCGACUUCAACCCAAGGUAUGACUGCAUUUUAUAUUUUGAGGGAGUUUUUUUAGUUUUGUUACGUAUGUAUAGCUAUAUAUUUGUAUUGUAUUUGUUAUCUUUCUAUAAACCACUUAAAGACCCUGCUGAUACUAAGUGCAAUAUAAAUAUACGAAAGAAACCAGAUGAAUAAGAUAAAUUGGGGAAAAGAAUAAGCUCGCUCAUAGGUAAAUUUCUUCUUGCAGCAUUUAUUGAGCCAACAAAAAGACACAGAUAUUGAAGAGUAUCGGAAGCUUCUUUCAGAGAAGGAGGUGAACACCAAACGCAUACAGCAGAUGAGUGAAGACAUAGGCAGGCUUAAAGCAGAAAUUGCAAGGUAAACGUCAAGGAAUGUCUUAAAAUUUUGGAGAUGCCAAAUACUUGAUAGUAGAAGCACCCAUUCCUAUCAACAUUAAGUUCUUGUUCAGCAGUUAAUGGGGUGUCUUGGCAAUUCUAAUCCUGAUAUAUUUGUUCAGCCUUUACCACAGGUGUUGGUAGUAGCAGCAGCCAUGGAUUCAGAUACCAUAAGCAAGGACCCUUAAUUUUUAUUUCCAUACCUCUUUUAAACUGCUCACAUUUUCCAAUAAUAAAAGGGAGGAGUAUACAGAAAGUAGCUCUCAUUGAUUUCCGUUGUGUUAGAAGUUCUUUCAAUUUUUGUUAAGGUCAAAUGCUUCACUGACAACAAGUCAGAAUCUGGUCCAGACCCUCCGAGAAGAUCUGGCAAAAACGAAAAAUGAAAAGGACACCCUUCAGAAAGAUUUGGACAUUAAACUGGCUGACAUCCAAGAGAAAGUUAAAACGAUAACACAGGUCAAGAAAAUUGGACGUAGAUACAAGACUCAGUAUGAAGAACUGAAAGCACAACAUGACAAGGUAGGUUUUAACUUCUGAUAAGUAAAAUGGAAGAGCUCUUCCAUAUUAGAUUUUUGUAAAUUCAGCUAGUCUUCAUUUUUGAAAAUUGUGCUCUAGUAUGGGAGGCUGUAGGAAUGUAGAAUGUUUGAAGUUUUAUUCUGUUUAAUAUUCUGUUGGGAGCCGCCCAGAGUGGCUGGGGAAACCCAGCCAGAUGGGCGGGGUAUAAAAAAUAAAUUGUUGUUGUUGUUAUAGAAUGUACAACCUGCUGUAAUUUUGGUUACUAGCUUGUAUAAUACCAAUCCCUUUCACCAACGCAGAUGUUUACUUUCCAAAAUUUUAGGUGAUUGCAGAAGCAUCAACUCCAUCUUCUGCAGAACAGCAAGAGCAACAUGUUUCAGACAAAGAAAUUCAAGAAGUGAAAGAAGCUCUGAGCCAAGCUGAGACCAAGAUAAAAGCCUUGGAAGGACAGAUUGAAAAUUUACAGAAGGUGGGAGAGCCUUUUCUGAGGAUCAUAUGUGUCUGUAGCCAACUCCCAAAAUGAAUAAUCAGCUUACCAAAAAGACUGAAAUGGGAUGUUGUGCUUUUAUGAUGGGGAACCAAGUUUAGAUCCCUGGAUGGCUGUGAGGUUUGGCCCAGUCAUGCUGUUUCAGCUUAACGUGCCUUAAAGGGAUAUUCCCAGGUGUGCUGCCCUGAAACCAUUGGGGAAUAGUAGGUAGUGGUGAAAAAAUACCAUAGAAAAUCGUUUGUAAGUGUUUCAGAAAUUUUACACCACAGGGAGAAGUUACCUUUACAGUAUAAAGGUAAAGGGACCCCUGACCAUUAGGUCCAGUCAUGACUGACUCUGGGGUUGCGGCACUCAUCUUGCUUUAUUGGCCGAGGGAGCCAGCGUACAGCUUCCGGGUCAUGUGGCCAGCAUGACUAAGCCACUUCUGGCGAACCAGAGCAGCGCACGGAAACGCCGUUUACCUUCCCGCCAGAGCGGUACCUAUUUAUCUGCUUGCACUUGACGUGCUUUUGAACUGCUAGGUGGGCAGGAGCAGGGACCGAGCAACGGGAGCUCACCCCGUCGUGGGGAUUCGAACCGCCGACCUUCUGAUCGGCAAGUCCUAGGCUCUGUGGUUUGACCCACAGCGCCACCCGCUUCCCUCCUUUACAGUAUACCCAGAUUCAAACACCCUGUGCUCUUACAGCUCUUAGAUUGUCUAGGAUCUUCUCAUAGAAAGCUUGCGCUACUUCACUAAUCACCCAGUGAUUGAAAGCAGUUCUGUAUCCUGAAGUUUCCAUGUCUUGCUUUCUGCAGACGCUCGGCGAGAAGGACACCGAAGUAAAAAAUCUCCAGGAACAGGUAGCCCAGCUUCAGUCAGAGGCUUCCCGUCUUCAGCAAGAUCUACAGGAGAAAACAUCACAAGAGGAGCAGCUCAGGCAGCAGGUUGCUGAGAAGGAGGAGAAGAUGAAGAAGACGCUUCUGGCUGCCAAGCAGAGGAUUGCACAGUUAGCAGGUGAAUUGCCUGGCAGUUCUUUUGAAGCGGUUGCCAUUUUUAGUUCUUUGGCGUAAGGUUUUUAUGUUGCUGUAAGGUUCCAGCUACCUGAUCAAGGUAGAAGCUUGCAUAAGAGAGAGUCCACAACUUCAGGUUCACAAAAUGAUUUCAAAAGUGUGUUUGUAUAAACAGACAGAUGCACAUGACAUCACAUCUAAUCCUGUUUUCUUCUCCUAAAAUAUUCCAUCCUUUAUUGCUGCUGCUUUUGUAAACAUGGCUUAGCCCUAUCCAGAUAAUCAGGAGUUGUAUUUGGUAAGGGGAUAGGGAACUCUGCCAGCACAGAAGCCCAUCUCAUAACCAUGCAUUGAAUGCUGCAUUAUUUCACAGUAGAAAUAGAACUGGGAGUCAGUUGUCCCAGCAGGACUAAUGGGCAUAAGUUAAGCUUGCAAGAACCUGCCAGGAAAUAAUCCUCCUCCUCCUAAGCUAAGUGCUGUAGUAUGAAGAGGAGAAAAGCAGCUGUAUCUGUUUACUGAUUAGGCCAGAGCUGUUUGCAGACUCUCGUUUCCUGGUAGAGCCAGAGCCAUAAUUAAGGGACACUCUUCUCCCAGAGAUGGCAGAUUUGAGCCGGCCCCACGUCUGGGUAGGAGUCGUUUGUGAUUAGUACCAGUAUUCUGUUAAUGGAGAGCCAGUGUGGUGUAGUGGUUAAGAGCAGUGGACUCGUAAUCUGGUGAACUGGGUUUGCGUCUCCGCUCCUCCACAUGCAGCUGCUGGGUGACCUUGGACUAGUCACACUUCUCUGAAGUCUCUCAGCCCCACUCACCUCACAGAGUGUUUGUUGUGGGGGAGGAAGGGAAAGGAGAAUGUUAGCCACUUUGAGACUCCUUAGGGUAGUGAUAAAGCGGGAUAUCAAAUCCAAACUCUUCUUCUUCUCUUCUUCUAAUGCAAGGGCCCUAUGUAUAGAGCUCAGCACAUGUUGAUGGAAACUUGGAGGCUGCGUCCUCUUGAGUGGUGUUCUGCUUGCAUACACACUCAGGCCACUGUGCAGGUAUAAUACCCGACAUGGAUUUUGGAUUGGAGGGGUGUCCUGAUCCAAGUCCCCUCUCAUUGUAGCCCUUGAACAUUUGCAUAACGCCAUGUUAAAAUGGAAAUGUUGAAUACAGUGGUACCUCGGGUUAAGUACUUAAUUUGUUCCAGAGGUCCGUUCUUAACCUGAAACUGUUCUUAACCUGAAGCACCACUUUAGCUAAUGGGGCCUCCUGCUGCUGCCGCUGCGCCGCCGGAGCCCGAUUUCUGUUCACAUCCUGAAGCAAAGUUCUUAACCCAAGGUACUAUUUCUGGGUUAGAGGACUCUGUAACCUGAAGCGUAUGUAACCUGAAGCGAAUGUAAUCCGAGGUACCACUGUAUUAGGGGACCUGCAGGGACAGAGCUCUUCAUGAAAGUGCUGUUUUCAGAAUUCCUGUAUAAAGAGACAUAGUAAGGAGUUUCGACUUGCCUUCUUAUACUUUAAUUCAGGUGCGAAGGAACAGCUGACCAAAGAAAGCGAGGAGUGGAAACAAAAGAGCGGUGCACUGGAAGAGCAGAAGACUGAGUUGGAAGUGCGGAUGAGCGCACUUAAAUCGCAGUAUGAAGGCCGCAUUUGCCGCCUAGAGAGAGAGCUCCGAGAGCAGCAAGAGAGGCACCACGAGCAGCGAGAUGAGCCAGCAGAAUCUACCAAUAAGGUAAGGACGCGGGUGGCACUGUGGUCUAAACCACUGAGCCUCUUGGGCUUGCCGAUCGGAAGGUUGGAGGUUCGAAUCCACGCAAUAGAAUGAGCUCCUGUUGCUCUGUCCCAGCUCCUGCCAACCUAGCAGUUCGAAAGUACACCAGUGCAAGUAGAUAAAUAGGUACUGCUGCGGCGGGAAGGUAAACAGCGUUUCCGUGCGCUCUGGUUUCCGUCACGGUGUUCCGUUGUGCCAGACGCGGUUUAGUCCUGCUGGCCACAUGACCCAGACAGCUGUCUGUGGACCAACGGCGGCUCCCUCAGCCUGAUAGCGAGAUGAGCGCCACAACUCCAUAGUCGCCUUUGACUGGACUUAACUGCCCAGGGGUCCUUCAUCUUUUCUUUUUUCUUUUUCUUAUUACUGAUAAGAUAGACAAUUUGUGCAGCUCUACUUUUGUGGUUUGAUACCAAAUUUCCAUCCACUAAAGCUGUUACUAGAUUGGUUGUGGUGCUUGAGGGGGUAUGGAUUUUUGAAGAUGGCAUAGAAUCAUAUAAUUGUUGGGUUGGAAGGGACCCUAAGGGAAAUCUAGUCCAACCUCCUGUAGUCCAUGACCGAUGAAUAUCCAGUUUUUGCUUAAAAACCUGCAAUGAGGAAGAGUCCACUGCCUUCUGAGAAUUCAUUGUCUCAAAUAAAUCUGUAAUAAAAACACAAAUGUCAAUAUUCUGAUAACAAUUCAGUAGAAUGCAAGACUUAGGUGCUAUUUCAUACAAUCAUUUCCGCUGAUAUUUUGAAUCCUGUGGCUUACUGAAGCAUUUUGUCCAUUAGGCUCCAGAACAGCAGAGACAGAUCACCCUUAAGUCGACUCCUGCUGCAGGUGACAGAGGAAUGUGAGUUCUUGUGUUCAUUCUUUCAUACCUCUGUCGAUCCUUCCCACUCUUGUUUUAUAAGCUGCUACUAGCACAGGGCGAUACUAAAUUAAUUGUCUGAAACCGGUAUGAUGGUCAAACUGCAAUACAGGUUUCCGACUUUCUGAGCUGGUGGUAUAUUGCGGCUCCCCGGCAGCCUGGAACCUGUGAUGUAUCUAUCACCAGCUCAAAUUGCCUUGAUCGGCGGGGGGGGGGGGGUUGUUAACUGCUCCACUGAGGGGUGGGCAACUGUUUAACAAAGCCCUCUCCUGGGGGCUUGAUCAGCUGAGGGACUGGUAGACGGGAAUGGGCUGGGUGGGGAGCCUAGACAUUUUAUAGAUUAUAGCCCCCUCUGUUCUACACAUUAGGGACGCAGGUGGCACUGCGGUCUAAACUGAGCCUCUUGGGCUUGCCAAUCGGAAGGUCGGCGGUUCGAAUCCCCACGGUGGUAGUGAGCUCCUGUUGCUCUGUCCCAGCUGUUGCCAACCUAGCAGUUUGAAAGCAUACCAGCAUGAAUAGAUAAAUAGGUACCGCUGUGGCAGGAAGGUAAAUGGCAUUUCCAUGGGCUCUGGCACUUGUCACAACGACCUAUUGUGCCAGAAGUGGUUUAGUCAUGCUGGCCACGUGACCCGGAGAGCUGUCUGCGAAUAAACGCCAGCUCCCUCACAUUUGUAGAAUGUGUUUCUAAGAAAAUAAACAUUGGGUUGUGGUGCGAGUUUGCCCAUACCAGAAUGCUUUGGGUUAAAAAAUAAUGGAAGAAGGAAUGUUUGUUGUGUAGUAUUGUUUGCAGAAAAUAACUUCUAGUGAAUACCUGAUCUCAGAAGAACCUAUCGCAGGAAAGUUGCUUCCCUAGUUGCUAGAGGAAGGGCAAACUAAGCAAAGGACUAGGGAAUGAGAUAGAAGUCAUAAAAGUGUACUAAAAGUGGUGGGGGACAGAAAAUCUUUAGGACACCCGUGAUUCCUCCCCUUUGAAGGUUGUGAAUGCCUGGAUAGGGCUAUAAUUCAUUUAUGGACAUUUAAAGGCCACAAGGCAUACUGUUGCUAGUUGCCUCUGCUUACAGACUAACAUAGCCAUCUCUCUGGAAAUUUGCCCUUCACUUAGAUUGGGCUGUAAUCCUAAACUCGUUUACUAGGGUGUAAGACCUAUUGAGUGCCACAACCCCAUAGUCACCUUUGACUGGACUUAACCACCCAGGAGUCCUUUACCUUUACUUUUCUAGACAUCACUCCAGUGAAGACUGUUUACAUUGUACUUAUUUGCAUAUAUUUAGAAUAAUAUCUAACACAUACAACUUUGACUUUUAUCUAGUGCUAGUACUUCUGAUCCACCGACGGCCAACAUCAAACCAACUCCUGUUGUAUCUACUCCAAGCAAAGUGACAGCAGCUGCAAUAGCUGGGAACAAAUCGACCCCAAGGGCCAGCAUCCGCCCAAUGCUGACUCCGACAACUGUCACAAAUCCUACAUCUACCCCAACAGCCACAGUUAUGCCGACAACACAGGUGGAAACUCAGGAAGGUACAUUACCGAUCAAAAGGCUUAACAAUGUACAUGGUGAAUAGUGAUUUUUUUAAUGUGCAAUUUCUAGGAUUCUAUAUGCCUGUGCUGGUCCCGUGGGUUACCCGAGAGGCGAGGUCCAAGUCCGGUCCGUGGUCAAAGGUGCAACGUGGAGGCAGUCCAUAGUAGCUGAAGCUGGGUGCAGGGCGGGGAAUUGGGUGAAGUCAGGGACAGGCGUGCAAGCAGGGAGCCAGGGCGGGUCAGGAGCUCAGGCAGGAAAGCAGGACAGGGUUUAGGCAGGAACUAGCAACCAACAAUGUUGCUCCCACAACUUGGGACUGGGGCUGGCCGGCUUUUAUCUGCCCCAAGGCAUAGGGCGGCCCCAAUCCUCAGAUGACUCGCCUCUCCUGGCCUGGAGGCGAGCACUCCUCCUGCAGGAACUUAGUUCAGGAGGAGCGAAGCUCAGGAGAGGCUGGAGGGUUACCGGACCCAGAGGCAACCUCAGCUUCCCCUGACAGGGCUGAGAGUGGAGCACCUGCAGGCAAUGGGUCCUCCAUCACCUCAGGAGCAAGACCAGACUCAGCUGGUGCCUGCACCUGAGGAUCCAGCACAGGUGAGGACCCUUCAGGCUCAGGCCCCAGCCCUGGCUCAGCUGAUUCUGGAGGCAGGGAAUCCUGUGCAGGCUGGGAUCCCUCAGAUUCAGCAUCCAAGUCCGAAUCCCAGGCCAUCACAAUGCCACUGCAUCAAAAGCAUUAGAACACAGAGGCAUAUUUUGCCUCCUGUACUGUUUGUGAAGCCAUUCAAUUCAUAAAGCGAGGAAACUCUACUGAUGGUUGAGGUUGGGAUUUGAUAGAAUGAACAUCAUAACAUAAAGUGUCCUAGGUAGUGCUUUUUUCUGGGGGGAUGCAAAGGGAUGCAAACCCCUAAACAUUUUGUGAAUCUUUGUACUUUUGUCCAUUUACUGUGUUUAUUUUUCCCAAUUUGAACUAUAAAAUGGUGAUUUUCUUGAGUCAAAAUGAGAGUACCCGAAACAUUUUUUAAGGAAAAAAGCACUGGCCCUAGGGUGGAACGUUCAUGGUUGCAAUCCCGGUUCUUGGGAUGUUCCUAUAUCAAGGAUUUUGCGGAACCUCGGUGUUCUUCUUAAAAAUUAAACCCUGAAAAUCUAUAUUGCUUUUUGUAGAAAUGGAAAACUUCCACUGUAGUUGCAAAAACCAGUUUGUAUUUUGAAAAUGCCAAAGGGAAAGAAACAGGAAGUGAGGAACAGUACACAGAAAUGCCUAGAUCCGUUUGUCUUCUCAAAGGUAGUUAAUAGAAAAGAAUAAUGCUGGGGUAGGCAGGUGAUGGGUUUGUCGUGUUCAUUAAAGUAGCAUGCAUAUUAACUUUCAUACAGCUGAAAUGUACAAUUCUGGUUUGUAGAAAGGACUGUCCCCUAGUCUAUAGGUUGUGAGGCAUUUCACUUGAUUCUGUUGUCAGCGCCGUUCACCUUAAAUAACAGGAAGUGAGAUGGAAUUUAUUUCAGAGCUGCGUACCAGCCUGAACCCUGGACCACAGCUACAGCUUUCUCAUUUUUGAAAAAGUUGAAUAUUAUGUGGCUGGAACGAACGAUUACAACAAUUUUAUUUCAGCUAUGCAGUCGGAAGGACCAGUCGAACAUGUUCCAGUCUAUGGAAGCACAAGUGGAUCUGUGCGCUCCACAAGCCCCAACGUCCAGACCUCUCUCUCCCAGCCCAUCUUGACAGUUCAGCAGCAGACUCAAGCCACAGCUUUUGUUCAGCCCACUCAGCAGAGCCACCCUCAGAUAGAACCAGCCACUCAAGAUCCACCCCCCACAAUUUUGGAGGUGGUGCAAAGCUCACAGAUAGAAAGACCAUCUACUUCGACAGCUGUAUUUGGCACAGGUUGGUUAAAUUUCCUAGAUUAGAAGCAUUAAGGGCUUUACCUGGCCAGUUUCGCUUCUGAAGACUUGGGGAAAGCACUAAAUAAACUUAGUUUUUUAUUUAAAUAUAUACCGUAUUUUUUGCUCUAUAAGACUCACUUUUUCCUUCCUAAAAAGUAAGGGGAAAUGUGUGUGCGUCUUAUGGAGCGAAUGCAGGCUGCACGGCUAUCACAGAAGCCAGAACAGCAAGAGGGAUUGCUGCUUUCACUGUGCAGCGAUCUCUCUUGCUGUUCUGGCUUCUGAGAUUCAGAAUAUUUUUUUUCUUGUUUUCCUCCUCCAAAAACUAGGUGUGUCUUGUGGUCUGGUGCGUCUUAUAGAGUGAAAAAUACGGUAAUUUUGAAUUAGAAUUAAAAGAAGUAAUUUUAAAGUGCCAGCAUCAUUCGUUAAGGUGCUCCUCAAAAAAGAAAGCCAUAAUUGUUUGUUUUUCUUUGUGCCUUGGGCAAAGUGUGUUUUGAAUUUAAUGAAAUUUUCUCCUUAAGUUUCAGCUACACCAAGUUCUUCUUUACCCAAACGCUCCCGCGAAGAAGAAGAUGAUAGCACAGUUGAAAACUCGGACCAAAUUCCUGAGGAGAUGGUUGAUAUGCCUCUUGCAAAGAAAAUGAGAAGUGUUCAAAGAGUUGGGCCAGAGGUUUGUAAGAAGAAGAACGGCACUAAUUUAGUUGUUUCAUUAUGGGUAUCGCAUAGGAGAAGAGGGAAAAUUGUCCCAGAAAGCUGGCUUUUAAAAGCUCUGAAGCAUUUGGAAUGAGUGGUGACAAACGUGUCACAUCACCCAGUGUCAAAUACAAUUGGCAGGUUCUGUUGGCUAGGGUGGGUUGUUCUGCUCGUAUUUGACUGCAGGCUUCUCAUUUUUAGUGUGCAAAUUUCCAUGAUACCUGUAUGGUGUGUGCGAACCUUCACUGGGUCAAACUAGAAGUGAUGUGAAUUGUGUGCACAUUUUUUGUUACGUAAAUAUCAGGUGUUGAGGAAAGGCUGAGCAGCGUUGGGACUGGGGAUGGGGAAUUUCUCCCUUCCAUUGCCUUGACAAAAAAUUCCCUCUUCAAAGCUGCUACAGUAUUUCCAUUUCCAAGAGAAAUUUUAUUGCCACCAAUGAAGGCUUCCUUAGAAAUGGAGAUAGCAGCUGUAGAGACAUGAUACUUGAUCAGGAACCUGGUCACGAAAGAGCCCUGAGACUGCUCAGUAUUGCCCUGAUCUAUGUACAUGCCAAAUAACAUGCAAUUUGAAUUACAUUCAUGGAAUUAACAUCACAUCUACUUGGGUCCAGGGAUACCAAACAUCGUACUUGGUGUCUUUUCAAAUGCAAUACUUUUCACUGAAAUCAUGACACACUUUCAGCUGCCAGACAUCAAAUGAUGAGUAAUCAAGUAGUUGCAGGUCAAACGAUCUACAUUCCUGUUUUGAGCAAGCCCUUAGUGUAAAUAAGAAAUAAAUCACAUUUGUGCAAUAAUUAACUACAGUGGUGCCCUGCAAGACGAAUGCCUCGCAAGACAGAAAACCCGCUAGAUGAAAGGGUUUUCCGUUUUUCAAUGCGCUUCGCAGGACGAAUUUCCCUAUGGGCUUGCUUCGCAAGACGAAAAUGUCUUGCAAGUCUUGAGAUUUUUUUUCGCUCCCCCCCCCUUUUUCUAAGCCGCUAAGCCGCUAAUAGCCUUUUAGCAGCUAAGCCGCUAAGCCUUUAAUAGCCGCUAAACCGCUAAUAGCGCUAAGCCGCUAAUAGGGUUGCUUCGCAAGACGAAAAAACCGCUAGACGAAGACACUCGCGGAACGGAUUAAUUUCGUCUUGCGAGGCACCACUGUAUAGAAGAUGUGAAAUAUCAUCUUCUUGAUGAUUGGGGUUUUUUUCUGUUCUGUUCAUAACUACAUAGAUUGUAGAGCAUUGACUUUAGAGUGAAUUUUGAGUUGGUUCUCAUAGAUAGGUGGAAUACAGUGGUACCUCCGGUUACAUACGCUUCAGGUUACAGACGCUUCAGGUUACAGACUCCGCUAACCCAGAAAUAGUACCUCAGGUUAAGAACUUUGCUUCAGGAUGAGAACAGAAAUCGCGCGGCGGCAGCAGGAAGCCCCAUUAGCUAAAGUGGUGCUUCAGGUUAAGAACAGUUUCAGGUUAAGAACGGACUUCCAGAACGAAUUAAGUACAUAACCAGAGGUACCACUGUAGUUGCUUAAAGAUUUGCUGCUAUGUUUUUACCUUGUACAGUGAAGAAACCCAAGUAGAACAUUAUAUGCAUGGCGUGUAUUGCUGGUGAUCUUGACAUUUCCCCCAUCAUCUGUCACUUAAAUUAGUGUUAACAAAUUGACGUCAUGUUUCAGGAGGAAGUGACUGCAGAAGAAAGCACAGAUGGAGAAAUAGAAGCUCAAGCCUACAAUCAGGAUUCUCAUGAUUCCAUUGGAGAAGUAAGCAAGUCUUUCUCUAACCAGGGGAACAUUUUGCAUCUCAUGCUUAUGCCAUGGCAGGAUUCAGAAAAGUCUGUGUGCAUGAGCUGGGCUGGGGUUCCCAAGAUGGCACUGCUCCAGAGUCCUUUGACCUUUAUUCUUGUGAUCUGCUGGCAAGAGGAAUAGUAAAAAAGAGUGUGCUGGGCACAUUUCUUCAGACCAGAGGCUAAGCGGAGGCGGGGGGUGUCGCCCCGGGUGUCAUCCCUGAGGGGGUGCCUGAGGGAUCCAGCCCAUGCGUGGAUCACGGCGGCACCCCCCUGGGUGGAUUGCCCUGUCCCCGUGGCUGGAUCACCCCGCCCCCGCUGUUCCGGGUGCCGGCUAGCAAGCUACGCCUCUGCUUCAGACCAAUCCAGUUCCUUUAUAUUUAGCUAUAAAGCUGAUUUCUGACCAGUAGAGAGCACUGCAAUGAAAGAUGCACCCCACUGUAAAGGUAAAAGGACCCCUGACCAUUAGGUCCAGUUGCAGACAACUCUGGGGUUGCGGCGCUCAUCUCGCCUUACUGGCCAAGGGGGCCAGCGUUUGUGCUCAGACAGCUUCCGGGUCAUAUGGCCAGCAUGACUAAGCCGCUUCUGGCAAAACCAAAGCAGCAAACGGAAAUGCUGUUUACCUUCCUCCCGGAGUGGUACCUAUUUAUCUACUUGCAUUUUGACGUGCUUUCGAACUGCGAGGUUGGCAGGAGCAGGGACCGAGCAACAGGAGCUCACCCCGUCAUGGGGAUUCAAACCGCCAACCUUCUGAUCGGCAAGUCCUAGGCUCUGUGGUUUAGACGACAGCACCACCCGCGUCCCACGGCCCCCUCACUGUAGUGAUGAUCAAUAGGAAGGUUUCUGUAGAAUUCAAUGGUGAUUAUUAUACUGGGGGAGGGAGGUUCUGAUGGGAAGAUUUAAAGGGCUACAUUAUCUUUUUACAUUAUUGGCUGACACACAGUUCCACUAGUACUAUAAAAAUACCCAGGCGACUCAUAGUAAAAUUCUACUUUGCCUUAAGAGGCAUGUUGUCUGUCGGAUGUUCCGAAAGAUAACAUCAGCUGUACGUCCGCUGCAAUAGACACCCUUGAAGUGCUUCCUGUUCUGAACCAUAAAUGUUUGUGAAGUUUUUACGUGACAGCGUGUGCUGCUCAGUUUUAAUUUAACUUAGUUACAAACACAACCUAGCUGUACUGAUUGUCUGAAAGGGAGCGUGUUAUGUUACUGUGAAUUCGGUUAUUCACAGAUCUUCAUCCAAUAGUGCAUGCUCUUGUUUUCAAAUGCCUAAAAGAGAGGAAAACUUUAAGCUUGUUACUACAUGCUAUAUUAGCAGGGUCUUCCUUACAGAGUUCAGGGGAAAAAUAUUUAAAUAAGCAUACUCUUGAGCGAGAAGCCUGAACAGUGUUUUUUUUCUGACCAAGGUUCUCCAGAUAUACAGUGUAUGGCCUAAGAUUAGUAUUCUUGCUCCUUUUGCAAGAAACAGCACAAGAAAGAAAGAAAGCUUCCUGGCAAAUAAUAGUCCCAGCUAAAGUAAACUUUGAUUACACUGACAAUAGGAUCCAGAGUAUUGACACACUUCAAGUCUUUCUGGUUGGCAAACUAGAAAUUUUGGCUCAAAAUCAGAUCACAUAGACUUUUUAUAUAAUAUCAACAUACGGCAAAUGGCUUUAAAUCCUGGAGGUACUCCUGUUGGAAUUACUUUGGGUCUUAUUCGAUUUGUCUUGACUUAGGGUGUAACACAAGGGGACUAUACUCCCAUGGAAGACAGUGAGGAGACUUCACAGUCCCCACCAAUAGAUCUUCAGUCAGAUCAGCAGAACACAACAUCGUCCCAGGAUGGGCAGGGCAAGAGAGAUGAUGUCAUUGUUAUCGACAGUGACGAUGAAGAGGAUGAGGAUGAAGAAAACGAUGGCGAAGCAGAAGUAUGUGUGUGUGUUUUGUAAAAUAAAAAUAUUUCUACAUAGCAUAAGUUGCUACUCAUUUGUUGCACAUAAAUUACAAGGGCUCUAUUGUCCUUUUCAAGAGUGUUUGAUAUUGGUUGUGGAUUGUUGUUGUUGUUUUGCAUUCCCUGUAAAAGUAUGUAUUGCACAUCUUAAAAUGCCUUAGACUAGCAGAAGAGUACCGUAUUUUUUGCUCUAUAAGACUCACUUUUUCCCUCCUAAAAAGUAAGGGGAAAUGUGUGUGCGUCUUAUGGAGCGAAUGCAGGCUGUGCAGGUAUCCCAGAAGCCAGAACAGCAAGAGGGAUUGCUGUCACUGCGCAGCGAUCUCUCUUGCUGUUCUGGCUUCUGAGAUUCAGAAUAUAUUUUUUUCUUGUUUUCCUCCUCCAAAAACUAGGUGCGUCUUGUGGUCUGGUGCAUCUUAUAGAGCGAAAAAUACGGUACUUUUCUAAGCCAGUAAGGCAGUUCACCUUAAACUAUUAUCUUCCUCAGUGCACACCAAGAAAAAGAAGGCUGUACAUGUUUAAAUGUUCACUGUUCCCCAAAGUGUUAAAUAUUUACUACCUGAAUCGGAUAUAGUUUGCAGAUAAUUUAGAAUGAUAUUUUGGUCGCCCCCCUUUUUUUUAAAAAAAAUACAGUUCUUAAUUAUUAUCAGAUACAUAAGAGUCUGGAAGAGGGAUUUAGAGUUGUGUAGGUUGAGUAUGCCGUGGCUGCAGCCUAGCUGAUGCCACCAUUAAAAUGUAUGAAUUUGACUCAGAUGCAAAAGGCAGUGACACUUUUGUACUCCCUGCUCUAAGAGCUUUUCCCCCUUGCACACCGCAACCGAGGGCCAAAACUUCUAAAUCCCUGCUAAUAAUCCGCAACUCCAUGCAAGAGCCCAGUCCUGUUUCAUUACUCGCACUGCGUCCCACUUUUCUUCAUACAAGAAAGCAAAUGAUUCUGAACAAAAUUUCAAAAUGGGUCUGUUUAAUUUCUCAAAUGCUAAUUGUUGCAUUAGGAGUAUGAAGACGAGGAAGAGGAUGACGAGGAUGAUGAAGAUGAAGACACAGGAAUGGGAGAUGAAGGUGAUGAUAGCAAUGAAGGCACUGGGAGCGUCGAUGGCAAUGAUGGAUAUGAAGCAGACGAUGCAGAGGUAAAAACUGCAGGCAAAAUUGUAUGUUUGGCAUUGAGCAGAUAAUUGUCAUGUUAUACUGACAGUGCGUCUAGUUUGAUCCCGAGGAGAAAAUGUUUCUCAAAGCGAAUGGAAGACCAGUGGGAAUAGCAACAUAGGUUGUAGCUUGCUGGCUGGUUUAAAGCACAGCAGAUAGUUUGUGAGGUUAAAAGGAGGGAUUGUCAAAUCUUAAAGAGAAAGUAAUUUAAUUCAAGAAGCUCUCAAUACCUCGGAUCUUUUGAUGGUCUCUUUCAGGGGACUGAUGGAAUGGACCCCAGUACAGAAACGGAAGAGAGCAUCGCCGGAGGGGAAAGCAGCCAGAGAGCAGCUGACUCUCAAAAUUGUGGUAUAGCUCAUUUUCACUGAAUUCUGUGUUUCUGGGGUUGCGGGGGCAGAGGAAGGAAAGGAAGCAACAUGUCCUUUUGUAAUUCCGCUUUGACAAAAAAUCUGUCCUUUUCCAUGCUUCCGCUUUGCUGAUAAUGAAAUGAAACAAAGUUCAUUGCAGCAAACAGGGGGUGGACUUUGGUCUUUCAGAUUUCAGCGGCGCCCUGUGCCAGGCCAAAAUCUGGCACCUUUUGUUCUGUUAAAUUCACUAUGUCAUAAUUGCGACACCCUGCCCUGCAGCCCACCCCCACCCCCCCGGCUCUGCGUCCUGUGCAGCGGAAUCAGUCAUUGUGCCCUAUAUCUUUUUUCUUCCUUGUUUAAAAGUUUGACUUCCUUCCCCCUCUUUUGGCAGUUCCUUAAAUUUAUUUUUCAAUAUCUUCUGCAUAUCCAAAUUCAUUUGAUUUGCUCAUUGGAUUAUCUACUUUAAAUAUAUACUCCUAUGAAACUGCAGGUUAUUACAAUAAUCCUGCCAAUGUUUUUAUCCGUUUGCAAUUUAUCUGUAAAUAUUCAAGAAACCAUUUCCAUUCGUUUAUAAAAAGUUUGUUGUCUUGAUUUCUUACCCUUCCAGUAAGUUUCACCAUUUCUGCAUAUUCCAUAAGUUUUUGUUUCCCUUCUUCCUUUGCUGGGACUUCUGCUUCUUUCCAUUUUGGGGCAAGUAGAAUUCUUGCUGCUGUAGUAGCAUACAUUCAUAAAUUUCUAUACAAUUUAGGUAGUUCUGUUCCUAUAAGUCCCAAAAGAAAAGCUUCUGGCUUUUUUUUACAAAGAUUUAUUUUGAACAUCCUUUUCAAUUCAUUAUACAUCAUUUCCCAGUAAGCUUUAUCCUUACUACAAGACCACCACAUUUGAUAAAAAGAACCUUCUUUCUCUUUAAAUUUCUAGCACUUGUUUGAUUUAGAUUUACACAUUUUUGCCAGUGUUAGAUACCAACAAUAUAUCAUUUGCAUAUAAUUUUCUCUUAAACCAUAAUAUGCUGUAAAUUUUAUAUUCAUAUUCCACGGUGCCCUAUAUCCACCUCUGCAGCAAAUGAAAGGGCUAGAAAUGAUUUGCUACAGAGUUUGGGGUUACGAAUGCCUUUUUCUAAACGUAUAUUUCUUUAUUACAAGGUGACGGGAGCGCAGGCGCAGCAGAGUCUACGUUUUCUCAGGAAAGCCCGAGGGAACAGCAACCAACAUCUGCUUCGGAGAGACAGACACCACGGCCACCUCGACCUCAUCCCUUGCCCCCGCGACUGACUAUUCACGCUAUUCCUGCUCCACCGCAGGAGCUGGGACCACCAGUACAGGUAUGGAAACCACUUUGACGCUGAAUUUUAUUUUGUGCAUUUAGCAAAUUGUUCUUAGGUGGAUCCUCUUCAGCUGAAAUAUGAGCAUCUGUGGUGUUUAUAAAUUGCCAUACCUGGAUGUGUUUUAUCUUGCCCUUAAAUCUGGUAGUCGCUUUGUGCAGAAAGAGCAGUACAGUGGUACCUCGGGUUACAUACGCUUCAGGUUACAGACGCUUCAGGUUACAGACUCCGCUAACCCAGAAAUAGUACCUCGGGUUAAGAACUUUGCUUCAGGAUGAGAACAGAAAUUGUGCUCCGGCAGUGCGGCAGCAGCAGGAGGCCCUAUUAGCUAAAGUAGUGUUUCAGGUUAAAUACAUUUUCAGGUUAAGAACGGACCUCUGGAACAAAUUAAGUUCUUAACCUGAGGUACCACUGUACAAGUGUUCAGGAAUGCAGCAGCAACAACAAGAAAUAAUAAUAAUAAUAAUAAUAGUAAUAAUAAUUUUUAUUAUUUAUAUCCCGCCCAUCUGGCUAGGUCUCCCCAGCCACUCUGGGCGGCUCGCAACAGAAUAUUAAAAACACGAUAAAGCAUCAAACAUUAAAAACUUCCCUAAAGAGGGCUGCCUUCAGAUGUCUUCUAAAAGUCAGAUAGUUGUUUUAUUUCCUUGACGUCUGAUGGGACGGCGUUCCACAGGGUGGGUGCCACUGCCGAGAAGGCCCCCUGCCUAGUGGUGGGUGGGUGUUUUGAAAUUGUAACCUGUUUAAGCUAAAAAACAAAACAAAAACAAAACCCAGCAAGAACAGCAUCUAAGAAACCUCAUAGCAUUUUCUUCACAGUGGCAAGAGCAAUGGUCUUUAUUCUUUUCUUUAAAAAAAAAAAAUCAGUCCAAGUCAAUUGGUUAUAUAAGUGAAUGGUAAUAACUUUUAGGAUUGUUGCUGUUUAUAAAAUAAGCUAUCUUUUGUUUUAGAAGGGGGACAAGUAUUGCAGUUACUUGCCCAGAGUCCUAGAUUCUCUUUGCAAAUGCCUCUGUAUCUCCUAAGAGGAAGGUGCCAUUUGACUGCUGGGAUGGCUCAGCCAGUAGAACAUGAGACUCUUAAUCUCAGGGUUGUGGGUUUGGGCAAAAGAUUACUACAUUACAGGGUUGUUGAGUUCCCUUGUAUAACCUUUUUUCUUUUCUGAAGUUGUUGCUGAUUUCUUGUUGUCUGAUCUUGGGAUGUUUAGUGUCACUGGCUUUGGCCGCAAUAAACUUGAACUUGAGAACUUGAGAUUACAGGGUUGUUGGACUAGGUCAGGGGUCUGCAACCUUUAAGACAAAAAGAGCCACUUGGACCCGUUUCCGAAGAAAAAAAAACUGGGAGCCGCAAAACCAUUGCGACAUUUAAAACAAAUAUAUCUCCGGAGCCUCGAUCUGACAGCGGGCGGGAAGGUGACGUCGGGACGGUGCGUGACUAACGCACGCACCGCCCCCAUGCGACGUCACAGCCAGUACAGCGCCCGCCACAGUGGGGAGUGUCGGGGCGCACAGUGCGCCUCCUCCCCUCGCUAGUAUCUGCCCCGGAGCUGCGGCAAAGGUGUAAAAGAGCCACAUGCGGCUCUGGAGCCGCGGGUUUGCUGACCCCUGGACUAGGUGACUCUCGUGGUCCCUUCCAACUCUACAAUUCUACUCUAUAAGAAUGAAAGCAAACCAGGGCAUGUUUGCCUGCCGUGUUUUUCCUUUUCAUGGUCUACGAUGGUGAGCUGUUCUGCCACUCCUGAUUGUUUUUAUGUGGUGCCAUCGGUAUACUCUGGGACGUGGGUGGCGCUGUGGGUUAAACCACAGAGCCUAGGACUUGCCCAUCAGAAGGUCGGCGGGUCGAAUCCCCACGACGGGGUGAGCUCCCGUUGCUUGGUCCCUGCUCCUGCCAACCUAGCAGUUCAAAAGCAUGUCAAAGUGCAAGUAGAUAAAUAGGUACCGCUCCGGCGGGAAGGUAAACGGCGUUUCUGUGCGCUGCUCUGGUUUCGCCAGAAGCGGCUUAGUCAUGCUGGCCACAUGACCCGGAAGCUGUACGCCGGCUCCCUCGGCCAAUAAAGCGAGAUGAGCGCCGCAACCCCAGAGUCGGUCACGACUGGACCUAAUGGUCAGGGGUCCCUUUACCUUUACUAUCAGUAUACUCAGUUUAAGGGGGGUGGUCAUCAAAGGGGAAUUUCAAGGAGCCACCUAUUAAGAGCUUGGGGUGUAUUUGGCCAGUGGCCCUGCGGGUUCCCCACCUAAAUGUGUGCUAAAGCAUUUGACAUUUUCUUGGACAUACAGAGAAUCCCAAUGCCGCGGAGGCAGUCUGUAGGACGUGGACUUCAGCUAACCCCUGGCAUAGGUGGCAUGGUAAGUAGUAGAGUUUCUAAACAUUUUCUGCUGUGGGUACAAUUGAAACGUCAGUUAAUCAAGAUUGUGUGGUGGACUGUUUCUAUUAUAUGCAGGGAGCAUUUUAGAGAGAACUGCGUAGCCACAUGGUAGCCUCCUGCCCUCAACAGAGCAUGUUAUUCAAAUUAAUAAUCCAAUUAUUAUUGAUCCAGCUAAAAAAGCUGAAAUUUUCUACAAUAAUGUGUUUGCCUCUUCAGCACAAAGUCUUGCACCUUUUCUUUGGAAUACUGUCCUUGAAAGUACUUGUCAGCUGAAUUUCCACAUUUCGGUUAUUCUUCAGAAUAUGGAUUGGGUAUAUAUACAGAAAUUGGACGUCAUUUUAUUACACCAAGCGAGAUACUAAGAGGGAAUGGCUGUUUAAAAAUGUGUAGCAAUAGGAAUACAGUCAUACCUUGGAUCCCAAACACCUUGGUACUCGGACGUUUCGGCUCCCGAACGCCGCAAUCCCGGAAGUGAGUGUUCCGGUUUGCGAACGUUCUUUGGAACCCAAACGUUCCGACGGGGCUUCCGAUUGGCUGCAGGAGCCUCCUACAGCCAAUCAGAAGCCGCGCUUUGGUUUCCGAACGUUUUGGAAGUCGAAGGGACUUCUGGAACGGAUUCCGUUCGACUUCCAAGGUACUACUGUGGUUGUUGAGUUCGCUUGUCAUUUUAAUGUCUUCUUCUUCAGCAGCAACACUUUUUUGAUGAUGAGGACAGGACCGUUCCAAGCACCCCAACGUUGGUGGUACCUCAUCGUACAGAUGGAUUUGCAGAAGCGAUUCAGUAAGUGGCACCUUCAGUUACAUAGUAAUGAUGAGCUAUGUAAGUCAAAAUACCAAAAGGAUUCCUGCCAGGGGCCUGGCCAGCAAUUUUCUCUAACCAUUCUUGGGCAGCUAUACUCUGUUUCCACAGCACAAUUCUUAAUUUCACUUAAUUUUGACAUUUUAGUGUAUUUUUGGUCUCUGUGGAAGCCGCCCAGAGUGGCUAGGGAAACCCAGCCAGAUGGGUGGGGUACAAAUAAUAAAUUAUUAUUAUUAUUAUUAUUAUUAUUAUUAUUAUGUUUUGAAUAAACACCCCAUGACCUCCUGUCAUUGGAUAAUAGUAGUCUUCAAGUGUUUAGAAAUUCUUGGCACCUCUCCUCUUUUGAAGGAUAUGCAUAAAUUGUUUACUCAGUCAGCAAAUGUUGGCCCUUACCUGUAGGAAGACUCAUAUGGAAACACAUCGCAGAAGUGGGUUUUCUGCUCCAGCAAACCACUUCUGUGCGGUUCCUUUGUUUGUUCCUUUUCUUCUUCCCCAUUUAUCCCACUAAGGGGCAGCAAACAUAUGAUUGAUAAACUGACUGUAACUUUUAUUCUAGCUCCCCUCAGGUGGCUGGAGUUCCUAGAUUCAGGUUUGGACCUAUUGAAGAUAUGCCACAAACCUCCGGCCAGUCAGAUCUCGGUCAGCUUGCAUCGCAAGGAGGUACAGAUAUUCGGUCCUGUCUUUCUGUUUUAUAUUCAGUGGAGUUCUGGUUUGGUUCUUUGGUCCUUUUUUGUCUUUAAAUUCCAUUUUACAAGCAGAAAGUGAGUGCAAAUUGUCUCUACUUCUUGCUUUUUUUGUAUGAAAGGGACACUAUGCACUUUGAAUCUCAAUCAUACAACUUGGGUUUGCUGUGCCUGCAUGUGAGGGAGGAAAAUCACCUUAAAACUCUACUCAAGGUGCACAGAACUAGCUGGGAGAUUCUUUAGUACCUGGCCAGUACCAUAUAAAAAACAAACUGGUUCAGGUGAUUCAUUACUUUAGUGGCUAGAUAUUAUUCUGUUGAAGCUCCCUCAGUUUGUUGUUGUUCAGUUGUUUAGUCGUGUUCGAGUCUUCGUGACCCCAUGGACCAGAGCACGCCAGGCACUCCUGUCUUCCACUGCCUCCUGCAGUUUGGUCAAACUCACGUUUGUAGCUUUGAGAACACUGUCCAGCCAUCUCGUCCUCUGUCGUCCCCUUCUCCUUGUGCCCUCCAUCUUUCCCAACAUCUGAGUCUUUUCCAGGGAGUCUUCUCCUCUCAUGAGGUGGCCAAAGUAUUGGAGUCUCAGCUUCAGGAUCUGUCCUUCCAGUGAGCACUCAGGGCUGAUUUCCUUCAGAAUGGAUAGGUUUGGUCUUCUAGCAGUCCAUGGGACUCUCAAGAGUCUCCUCCAGCACCGCAAUUCAAAAGCAUCAAUUCUUCGGCGAUCAGUCUUCUUUGUGGUCCAGCUCUCACUUCCAGACACCACUACUGGGAAGCUCAAUUUAACUUCUCUCAAAUUGCUUGCAGGUUUAGGAAUGUAUGAAACACCACUCUUCCUUGCCCACGAAGAAGAAUCAGGAGGUCGCAGUGUCCCAACAACUCCACUUCAGGUUGCGGCACCUGGUGAGUUUGGGGGAUUUCCAUCAUAUCUUGAUUCUACAGUUUUGAGCAUAUAAUGGUUGAUAACAUGGGUACUCUCUUGUUCCGAUGGUCUUCCUGAAAAUGCAGCUCUAUUGGGAACUGAUCAGGUUGGUUGGUUGGUUGGUUGGUUGGCUUUACUGUACAGCUGCUUAUUUAAGAAAUGCAUAUACAAUGGUACCUCAGGUUACAUACGCUUCAGGUUACAGACUCUGCUAACCCAGAAAUAGUACCUCAGGUUAAGAACUUUGCUUCAGGAUGAGAACAGAAAUCGCACGGCGGCAGCAGGCAGCCCCAUUAGCUAAAGUGGUGCUUCAGGUUAAGAACAAUUUCAGGUUAAGAACGGACCUCUGGAACUAAUUAAGUAUGUAACUAGAGGUAGUUAACGCUUUUAACUUCCUCCUAAAAAUGCCUUUUGUGUGGUUCCCAGGUAAGAGUUCAGGGCCAGCCCUCUUGCAAGAAAUUGGUUGUAGGCAGGGAGGCAAGAAUACAUAAUGCAACACUCACAAUAUAAAGCAGAGUUAGCCAACACCACACUCUUCAGAUGCUGGAUUCCAGCUUUUAAUGCUAGCCCCAGCUAGCACAGCCCAAUGAUCAGGGGUGAUGGGAGUUGUACAUAUGGAGGGUGUCAUGUUAGCUAUGCCCGAUGUUAAAUGCAGGCAACUCCCAGUUUAUGUGUGAGUUACUUUCCGAGGCACCGCACAGUUAUGUGAAAUUGUGCAUUUUUGAAACAGCAUUGGGGAAGCCUGCAAAUACCCUCUAAACCUCUGGAAACCCUUUAAAAACCAGCAGCACUUAACCAGAUGUCCCACUCUACGACAAUUGCUCUUUCUCUCAACCUCCUUUUUCAGAACUCCCAACUCUCCGCAGGCCUCAACGGUCGAUACAAGGGCUCCUGGGAUUGCACUUGCAAAGGCUCAUGGGAUUGCUAGGCGCUUUUUUUUUUGCCCCUUCUGGGCUCUUUUAGGACUGUUUUUGCCAUGUUUAAAGUCACUUCCCGGUUCGGCACAUGCUGUCUCACGCCAAUUGGACACACAUAGAUUGGUUGUUGCCUCUCUGUCAAAUGGUCUGGAAGUGGGAGGGGGGACCCUGGGGAGGCUGAGUUGCAUAAACAAAGGCCCACUUGCCCCUCUGGUCUCAUCAGAGCUUCCUCUGUCCUUGUUGAUGUCCCCUUCGAGCUCCGGGGAGGGUGUGCUUGUGAGCCACGAGGACUCUCCAGCGCUCUCCUGCCAUUUCCAGGGUUGAAUUAAAUUACGAAAAAAAUUCCCGGCGCUACGCCUAAGUGGGGGGGGACACCUGUAUAGCAAUCUUGUCUACAAAGUGUGAUACUGUAGUAAUAAUAAUACAGUGGUACCUCGGGUUAAGUACUUAAUUCAUUCUGGAGGUCCGUUCUUAACCUGAAACUGUUCUUAACCUGAAGCACCACUUUAGCUAAUGGAGCCUCCUGCUGCCACUGAGCCGCUGGCGCGCAAUUUCUGUUCUCAUCCUGAGGUCAAGUUCUUAACCCGAGAUACUAUUUCUGGGUUAGCAGAGUCUGUAACCUGAAGUGUCUGUAACUUGAAGCAUAUGAAACCCGAGGUACCACUGUAUAUGUAAAAACUGUCUUGAACAAAAAAAAAUCCACACCCUCACCACCAGGGUAGUAUUUUUUAAAAAAACAAGAAGAAGAAAAAUCCAAAUGUGUGGUCACAGAACAAUCUCAGAAUGUGCUUGGAGCUUAUGGCCACAUGCUUAGAUGCAAGGAAAGCAUGAGGUGUUUCUAGGGAUCAAAGACUCCAGUCUUCUCUGGGACUUUGGUUUCUCCCCACUUCCCAAUAUAUUUCUCUCAAAUCAUGUUUCUAUACAUUAUUCCACAAUCCAAAACUGCCUCCCCCCACCUGCCACACACACAUAAAGUUCUACAAAGCCAUACCUGCAUGGAGCGUGAGAUUCCCGAACCCAAACACAGCCCACCAGCCCUAUAAUACUGUGACCUAACGGAUCAGGCUAUGGCAGGCUUUACAGCCAGGCCUGUACUAACGUGAAGUGUGCUAGUUGUGAAAUACAACGUGUAAUUUUAAAAAAUGACGAAGAUAAGUGUAUCCCACUUAAGGUUUGAUUCAUUCCAAAGCAAAUGUGCUAUUUCCUGUGUUCAGAAUUUGGGGCGGUGGGCGACGUAUCAUCCAAGUGUUAGAUGGUUCUAGUUUAUUCUCUAAUCUUUGUUUCAAGUGUCUGUGUUUACUGAAAGCUCCGCUGCUGAUGCUUCUGAACAUGCUUCCCAGUCUGUCCCCAUGGUUACAACAUCCACUGGUAACUUAUCGACCACUUCAGAAUCUGGUACAGGUGAUGAUGGCGAUGAAGUUUUUGUAGAGGCAGAGUCAGAAGGGUAAGCUCAACCAUUCAGUUAAGACGAUUCUGCACGUUGUCUGGCUUGAAUGUACAGUGGUACCUCGCAAGACGAAUGCCUCUCAAGAUGAAAAACGCGCAAGACGAAAGAGUUUUUCGUUUUUUGAGUUGCUUCGCAAGACGAAUUUCCCUAUGGGCUUGCUUCGCAAGACGAAAACAAAAAAAACGAAAACGUCUUGCAAGUUUGUUUCCUUUUUCUUAAAACCGUUAAUACCCAGGGUGACUUCGAGGAGCAACUCAUAGCACGCGGUGUGGUAGCCUUUUUUGAGGUUUUUGAAGACUUUGGUGAUUUUGAAGACUUUGGGAAACCGUGCUUCGCAAGACGAAAAAAAUCGCAGAACGAAUUAAUUUCGUCUUGCGAGGCACCACUGUAACCUUAUUGAAAUGCCUUUCUCCGCAUCAAUAUGUUAUCUUUUUUUAAAAAAAUGCAUUCAAUAUUUUUUGUCCUAAAUGAAAGCCUCUAAAUUAAGUCAAACUACGACCUAGGAGACUAGCUUUAAAUCCUCACUGGUUGUUGUAAGGGUAAUGGAAAUCAUGUAUGUAAAGCUUUUUGAACUACAGUGGAACCUUGGUUGUCGAAUCCAUUCUGGAAGUCCAUUUGACUUCUAAAACGUUCGAAAACCAAGGCGCAGCUUCCGAUUGGUGCAGGCGCCCCAGAAACAAUAGCUGACAACUGCAUCAGACAUUUGGCUGCCAAAAAAGUUGGAAAACUGGAACACUUACUUUUGGGUUUUCAGCAUUCUGGAGCUGAAAUGUUACAGUACUAAGGCAUUCAAGAACCAAGGUUCCACUGUACUAUAUAAAUGUUGUGACUUUGUAUGAUGAACUGGUAUUUCUGUUCCCUCAUUUGCAAGGGGAGGUUUUAACUUCACAUGUGAACUGCUUUCAGGCUACAGUUCUUAAAUGGAGUUGCCAGGGCAAGAGAGAUAAUUGCUUUCAUCUGUAUUACAUUACCUCAUGGCGUGAUUCUCAAAAAUGCAGUCAAAAACAGCAGUCAAACUGGUCUUGUUUGAUUUGGGUAUCGUUUGGCAUUAAAGAUGUUAAAAUGUAUAGGCGGCUCAAAUUGAGAAGCGUAAGAAACUAUUUGGCAGCAAUAGUAAGCAGUCAGAAACUUUUUUUAGAAAAACACACACACCAAAUAUCAUGUUUCUUUGGGUAUUGCUAAUACUUGGCAGCCAUGCACUCCUUUUUUCAUCAGUAAUGUGUGGUCUUCAGUGCUGUUGUUGAUAGAUGAGCUCAAUAAUUUCCCUGCCAAGCUUUCAGGCACAGAUGCAUUCGAUAGAGCUUUUCUUUGGGAGCAGCAGCUCUUGCUAACAUACCGUAAAUAUUUUUUGGGAGUGACACCGUGCUAGAUUUUUAUUGGGUGCAAUUAAUCUUGAACACCUUCGAUAUCAUGAACACCAGCAAAAUAGUUGGGGGAACGAAUGUAACUGCAGAAAACCAGUAACAGAUUAUACCCAAGAGCAGACCUUUGAAUGUUGCUGUGAUUCCAACCUCACACACUGAAACCUUCAUUCACCCCACUGAAAAAGCUGGAAUGCCACACAUUUUGUAAGACUCUAGUGUAAACAAGACACAGAACUCGGCAUUUGGCUAUGAAAAUGAAAAGCUAAGGUUACACAGGUAGCAGGAGGCUCAGUUCUUAAUGCCAGGAUCCUUAUCAGUGAAUCCCUCAUGGUGAACCUCUGUUCAAAUGGUGUCCCACAAAUUCUCCCUUCACAUAUACACCCCUGAUAUUUCCUAGUACAUAGAUACUGAAUUUCUAGAGAUUUCAUCACUGAAUCUUUGUCACCUUGUACCAUUGCUAGUUAGUGAGCACAAGGAUUUAAGCAUGAUGUGCUUUCAGAUUAAAUAAAAGAGCUAGAAAGGGAGUUCACUUCUGUUCUUGGUCAUGUCGAAACCCUUAACUGUGGAAAAAAGUUUGGAGAUGGGGAACCCUGCUACACAAUUUCCUGUGCCAUCCUGAGGUUUUGACUAGCAAAUUCAUUGUGUGUCUCCCAUUUUCCUUUAGAAUUACUUCAGAGGUUGGUCUAGAAAUAGACAGUCAGCAGGAAGAAGAAUCAUCUCAAGCUCCUGAUGAGUCAGAUCUCCCAUCCACAAGUCAAGAUCCUCCUUCUAGUUCAUCUGCAGGUAGGGUUCGGUUCCAUCAAAUCUCAGUGGAUCAGGGUUUCUCAAAAACUUGGGUCUCCAGCUGUUUUGGGACUACAGCUCCCAUCAUCCCUAGCUAGCAGGGUCAGUGGUCAGAGAUAAUGGAAAUAGUAGUCCGAAAACAGGUGGAGACACAAGUUUGGGAAACCCUAGUCUGGAUAAAGUACUGUUGACCUUUCACUGAUGGAGGGCUGCGAGAUUAGGAUAGUUAAACCCCACAAGUUUGGUUCUUUUCUGUUUGAUUUUCAUAUUUUCCUUGUCACUAUUUUGUCUGCAUCCAUGGAGGAGAAAUCAUGGUCUGUUCAGUAUGUGGAAGGAGGACAUUCAUCUGAUCUUUCUAAGUGAUGGAAAGGAGAUCCAGAUAAAUAUUGUCUUCUCUGGUCUAAAUAUUAGUGUAGAACAACCUAGGUCCUCAAACCUUUGACCAGUAAUUCUCCAUCCUUCUGACCAAGCAAUGUGCUUAUAAUUUUAAGCAACACCAGGAGUCUUUUGCUUUCUAUUUCUUUCAGUAAAAAUCCUCAACACAGGCACCUGUGUGUGUUGUUGAUUAAUAUGGAGUACAGCCAAACCCCGUUUGCACCCCCACCCUAGUUACACCCCAUUUUGGGGCCACUUCCAGGUCCGCAGUGAUGAGCAUGUGGACGUCAAUUGGAUGCACAUAAAACGUUCACUGCUAGCCAUUAGCUAGCUAGCAGCAUGUAGAAGGUUGAGAGCCAGUUUUUUACUUUUUCCAGUUAGAUAUUUUAUUUGCCCUCACAGAUUUGAAGUAUAAAACUGAAGUUAACAGAUUGCAUAUUGAAAAUCAGCCAUGAUUACACUUAACUUGCAUGACAAAGUCAAAUUACAGCCAUGGCAUUUUGUCCCAUACGGUUUCCUUUUCAGACACAAGCAGUAAUCAUCCGAAGCCUUUCCGGCGAGUUAGACUGCAGCCAACAACAUUAAGAACUGGCCGUCAGUUUAACAGACAGAGGGGUAGGUUUCCUUCAUUUCUUGCACAGAUGUGUUAAACUCUGUAGGAUUGCAAAUAAGUGUAUGUAUUGCAUAGUAUUGCAGCCACCAAAACAUGCAAGGGGGCUUAUAGACGUUGAAUAAUGAGGAUUAUUCACCCCAGAGACUUUACAACAUAUAUAUAUCAGCUAAGGUACUUGAUUGACUUAAAAGGAAAAUAGCAUAAUUUAAAGUUGAUCUGGUGCAAUGUGGCGUUCUUAUAAAGCAGUGGUUCUCAAAGGGUCUGGCGAUGGCAAGUAUGGCAGGAAGAUUCAAGGACAAUCAAAGAAACAUUUAAACUUUUCAGUGUAGUGUUGUAUCAAAAGCAUUAUUAUUAUUUAUUUGCAUAAUCUGGAUCUUUUCAAAAUGAGAGCAAGAGCAUCAAGUGAUACUGAGGACGAUCCUAGUUGUGUUUUCCAAUGUAUUGCUUAUCAAUUAAAAAUUAGGUGUGGCAAGAACAAAUUUUUAUUCUGAAAGUGUGGCCCAGAGAUUCAAGUUUGAGAACCGCCGUUAUAAAGGGAUGCGAGUGGCAGUAGCUAGCAACAAAUAAAUAUAAGAAACUCCUCAGCUGAACUUAGAUCUCAAAAAGAAAUGAGAAUCUGAAAGCUCAUACUAAAGAAAAGAAUUAAAGAUCUUGUCAGAGGCAGUGUAUUAAUUCCAAGUAAUUAAUUGUUAGUAUCAAUCUGCCAGUCAGUACAGAGUGAACUGUUUCCAUAGCCAUUAGGCAGGAGUAAAUCUAGUUGUCAUAACAAUUUCAAGGAACUAGAAAGUAUUUCCGGCACAGCCUUCUGUUUCUGAAUUGGUUAAAAUAGGUGUUAAUACUAGAUUAUGUAUGGAGUGCUUAUUCCUUCUGGCUACAGGGAUGCCAUUCUGUACCCCCACAUUACUCUCCCAAAAGACUUGUGGCGGGCAGGCUUCGAAAGAAUCCUUUAAAACUGAUAUUAACGUAGUUAAUAGCUAAUAGCAGUUAAUUGAAACAAAAGUGUAUAUUAAUACUCUUCCUUUCCCUUUGCAGGUGUAACUCCAGGUGGCAGAGGAGGCUUGAACAGAGGCAAUAUUAAUUAAAGCUCAGUAGAAAUUAAAACAGUGUAUACUGUCUGUCUAGUCUUGCUCUUACUUGCAUUUGUGUAAUGGCUGGCAAGCUUGAAGCAGGUUUUUUGUUUGUUUUCAAUUUGGAUCGAUGUAUGGAUAUUUCAUUAUGUCUUUUAUUAAUAAAAACUAGAGGAAAUUGUC